AUGACUACUGAAAUCAGUAUCGAUAACUCCAAGCUCCCGGGAGUCAGAGAAGGUAAAUACUGUACAUAUGUUACUUCCCAGGGUAUUUGUGAAUGGUUAAGCUGUAUUCUCAGUGAGCAUUUACCUCCCAUCGACCAUCAGGUUAAAAUGUACAUGGUGAAAGUCCAUGCUAUGUAUCUACUUGUUUACAUUGGACACUUAACCUUUUCAUCUCCAGGAGCCCACCCCCACCCCCACCCAGCUCUAUGACAUGAUAUUUGCACAUAGAGCUGUUAUUUGUAAUAUAAAGUCUAGAUAGGUGUUCUUUCAGUGUGAGCUAUAUCAAACUAUUCAUGUUCCAGGGCUUUAUUUAGAUCAAUACCGACUCUACUAGUAAACACACCUACUAUGUAUGUAUCUAGGGAUCUGGGACCUGUGGAUAACAUCGUUAUAAUAUUAUUCUGUUCAGAACAGUAAAUUAAUAACAAAGUAUUUUUUUAUUUUUUUUUAAAUGGCUGAGGAUAUGACCCCAUGUUAGUUUUGAAUAUGUGUCAAGGUUUAUGUGAUUUAGUGUUAUCAAUGCAUUUGAAUGUUAAACAACAAUCCAUGGGCCUUUAUUUGUUAAAUUCUUGUUAAAUACUUAAAGCAGUUAAAAAAAAAUAAAAAAAUGACUGACUGGAAUAGCCAAGCUAAAAACAUAGUUAAAAUUCUCCAAGGCAGCUAUUUUUACCUAAAAUCUGAGUAUUGAUUUCCUGGAAACUUAUAUUGUAGGGAAUAACUCUGAUCACUGCACAAUUUAGUCUGAAGGAGCUGAAAAAUCAUCUAACUCACAGUUUGGCUAUUUCACCUAUAAUUUUGUAAUUCAGUUUUCAUUUCACAACAAUUUAGUUAAUUAUUUAGUGAAUACAUUGGACAAGUGUAGACAGUUGACAGGAAGUUUAUAUGUCUGUCUAUAUUUUAGUUUUUCAUUAGUUAAAAUAAAUCUUUGGAGGCAAGAAAAAAAACUUAUGCUAAACUAGGGACACGUUUUUAAAUGUACCCUUAGUCCCUGGAGAGCCAUGCUGGCUCUGUGACUGCUUGAAGGCUUGGAAGACUUGUUCAGAGAUUCUGAUGAAGGCCCAUAGUAGGCACAAAACGUGUCAGAUUAAUUCAGUCCUGAUGUUAAUAAAGCUCCUUCUUUUCUUUAAUUUUUUUCUGGUAUAAGGUGUUUUUCUUGUGCUUGAGGAGGAAUUUAUCAGUUUUAAUUGGAAUUAUGCUGCCAAAAUAGUGUGAUUAGUAUUUUUUUCAUCGAGGUUUAGUUACUAGUAAUUUACAAUUUUCAUAUCUUGGCUUUAAAAACUACAACCUGAAAUUUGUAUAUUCUGUUCUGAUCCUGGGGAUAGCAGAUCUAUGUUUUUUGUUUUAUUUUUAUUUUUUUUAGGCAGAACACUUUUACAUUCAAUUGGGAGGUACAGUAAAAUAAAAUUGACAGCGGGGCAGAGGGUUUUUCUAGACUUACUAGUUUUAACAUAUGUGUUGCUUCUAGUAAAUACAUUGACAAAUAUUAACAUUGUAAACAUUGCUAAUUUUUUAGGAUUUAUUACAGGGAUGUGCUUCUACUUCAGAUCUAGGCAUAGCCUUUACUGAAUGACAGUUAGAAUCUGAAUAAAGCCAAAGCUUAAAGAACAUCAUAACUACCACUAUAUCCCAUAGUAGUUUUUAUGAUGGGAGGAGUACUGUGGCCUGGACCCCUGAUAAUGGGGGAAACCAACUUGCAGUGGUUUUCCCUCUUAGCUAGUCCCAGCCAGGUGCUGUGGGUCCUUACACCUCUGAUGCACAUCAUGCUAUUGCAGAGCUGCAAAAGCAGGAGGCCAUGGCUGUCUGCAUUCAUAAUACAGAAUAAGGAACAGUUCACAUGGAAUAAAAAAAUACAAACAAAAAAAACAAUUUAAAUGUUUUUGUUUUCCAUUUUACAAGGCUACUUAAAAUCACAUAUCUUAGCAAACUAAUAAGGAGGUUCAUCACAACUAUAAGAUAUAUGCAUAUCUUUAGUAGUUGUGCUGAAUAUCCAAAUUCCUUUUUCCCCCCCAUUCAUUGGCUGAGCAUGUCAGCUGACAGCUCUCAGCACCCUCAAUGUAAUUCUGUUACUAGAAAUAUGCACAGAAUUGAUAUUAGCCAGGCUAGCUGAUAACACCCAAUGAUGUUGCAAGGAGGUGGAUUUAUACCUAUGGAAGCACACGGGAUAAACUAUAUGUCCAUUGCUUCAAAUGAUUAUGGUACACAUUAACAUUCCAGGUACCAUGAUCACUUCAAAUCACUGAAGUGAUCAUAGUGCUUGGAGUAACCCUUUAAAUAAUCCUGUUUUGCUUUUCUCCUCCUUGUUACCAUAUCCUCUGGUUCUUGCUGCUUUUUAAAAAUGGUCUUUUAUUUUACCAGUUCAAGUGAUAUAAUCUAUAAUGAAUGUACUACAUCAUUUUUCUUUUUUUUUUUUAUUGUUUGUUUAUUUUUUGUUUCUAUUAAAAUUUAAAAGGAUCUGAUACAAAUCUGGCUGUUUACCUUCACGGCACAAUGAUGGGUUCACCUAGGCUAAUAUACCAUCACUAGAAUAACUAGCAGUGCUAGGUUUGUAACUGGCAUUUUCUUGUUUUGCCGCCUCCUUGUCUAUAAAAAAAUGCUAAGUAUAGCUAUAUAAAUGUAAUCAACCAUAAUAUUGCUUAAUUGUUCCUGCCACAUUCCCUACUUGAUGUGACGUAACUGUAAAACAUAUGUUAUUGAUCUGUCAUUGUUUUAGUCAAUCUACACAUGUUGGCCUUGGAGAACUGUGUCAUGGGUUGAAUGUUGAAUUGUAAAUAACCUCAUGCUUUCACAUGUGAAAAUGCAAAUAUAUAUAUAUAUAUAUAUAUUUUUUUUUUUUUUUUAGGUAAUUUUUUUUAUCCGUGGAAAACAAUUAGCAUCCAUUGGGCUACCAGCCAAACCUUAAGUGUCCUAUUCUGGGCAUUACUCUGGCAGCAACUCUCUGGUCCAACUUUUAAUGGAUACAUGGUUUUUAUGUAGACGACUCUCAAUUAUGCAUCUGUCAAUCUUAAACUGUUUCUUCCAACACAACUGUUUCUUCCAACACAUACUCGUUUUCCUGGCACUUUAGGGUCUCUAGGUCCCCCCCCCCCCACCCUCUGGGUCCCCCUCCCGCUGGGCUCUAGGGGGUGGAAGGGGUUAAUCCCUUACCUUUUUCCCUCAUGCGGGGAACUCUCCUCCUUUUUCGCCAUCAUCGGCUGAAUGCACAUGCGCAGCAAGAGCCACGAGCGCAUUCAGCUAGUCCAUAGGAAAGCAUUCUUAAUGCUUUCCUAUGGACGCUGGCGUCUUCUCACUGUGAAAAUCACAGUGAGAAGCGCAGAAGCGCCUCUAGCGGCUGUCAAUGAGACAGCCACUGGAGGCUGGAUUAACCUAUAGGUAAACAUAGCAGUUUCUCUGAAACUGCUAUGUUUACAGCAAAAAGGGUUAAACCUAGAUGGACUUGGCACCCAGACCACUUCUUUACGCUGAAGUGGUCUGGGUGCCUAUAGUGGUCCUUUAAAGUUCUCUGUGCACAGCCUCCGUUCUGCAGGAGCAGUUUUUCUUAGGACCUGUAAUUAAGUUAUAAGCAGUAAGGAAGUGUUUUAAUUGAAGAGGCAGGGCAAAAAAAACUCAGAAUGUUGCAUUUUGUUUUUUAAUAGAAUUGUAUGUGGUGGAAGAAAAACGGCUAAUUAUUUAGGGCAAAAUAUAUAAAAUGUACAAAUGUUGUGUUAGUACCUGUCCGUUCAAAUGGACACUAUAUGCAGCAGGACCACUUAACCUCUUUGAAGUGGUCUGGGUGCAGUGCCCCUAUCCCCCUUAGUCGUGAAAAGUAAAACAUUGCAGUUUUUAAGAAACUGCAAUAUUAAGACAGCCUCUGGUGCCUGAUUACAACUAAAUUAACCCAUUAAGGACCAAACUUCUGGAAUAAAAGGGAAUCAUGACAUGUCAGACAUGUCAUGUGUCCUUAAGGGGUUAAAGGACCACUCUAGGCACCCAGACCACUUCAGCUUAAUGAAGUGGUCUGGGUGCCUGGUCCAGCUAGGGUUAACCCAUUUUUUCAUAAACAUAGCAGUUUCAGAGAAACUGCUAUGUUUAUGAAUGGGUUAAGCCUUCCCCUAUUUCCUCUAGUGGCUGUCUCAUUGACAGCCGCUAGAGGCGCUUGUGUGAUUCUCACUGUGAUUUUCACAGUGAGAGCACGCCAGCGUCCAUAGGAAAGCAUUAUGAAUGCUUUCCUAUGUGACUGGCUGAAUGCGCAUGCAUCCAGCCAACGGGGACGAGAGGAGGAGGAUCGGAGGAGAAGAGCUCUCCACCCAGCGCUGGAAAAAGGUAUGUUUUAACCCCUUUCCCCCUUCCAGAGCUGGGCGGGAGGGGGUCCCUUAGGGUGGGGGCACCCUCAGGGCACUAUAGUGCCAGGAAAAAGAGUAUGUUUUCCUGGCACUAUAGUGGUCCUUUAAGCUCUGCGUGAGGGCAUCCAGCAUCAGGUAGAUCCCCCAUAGGAAAACAUUUAUUCAAUGCUUUCCUAUUGGGGAAAACUCUAAUGUGCUCGUGGGAGGGAUUGGCAUUGGCGCUGGAAUCGGGUGAGUAAAUAAAGGUGUUUUUUUUUGUUUUGGUUUUUUUGUUAACCCUUUAUCUGCUGGAAGGAGUUGUUUAAGGGAGGGGAGACCAGAGGACACUGUAGUGCUAGGAAUACAACUUUGUAUUUCUAUUACUAUAGAUUCCCUUUAACUUGUGUGCAAAAGAUAUAUUUAGAUUAUUACAUUAUCAGGCAGUACAGCUAGUGCUUGAGUAGGGAUCUGACCAAGCACGGGGACCCCACAUGGGCUAUGUGAUCUGGUUGACGAGAUAUAACUAACCCCUCUGUGCAGAGUGCCUGGCAUUUCUCCAACAGAAUGGGCACAUUACCAGAUCCUAGACUCCCUUUCAUCCUGGUGUUCCACACUGGAAGAAGUGACACAUCAAAUUCUGACAAAGUUUGAAAGAAGUUACAUAAGAGUGAAGGGAGCCCUCACACUGCUUGUCUGCUGCACUAGACACUGUGCAUUCAACUGUUCUGCAGACACAAACAUUGUCCAACGGGAGGGUGGCUAGAAACAUGUUUUCCAGUAAUGGUGGGUGUCUGGCAGAUUGUUAGUGUGUUGCUGUCUGUAUGCAUUUGAGUUUGAAUCUGUGUGUAUUUUUUGUGCACCUAGGGAUGCAUUUAUUAGUGUACAUCUUUCAGGGACCCAACCAAUGAUUUUCUUAGGGAUCCCAAAGUUUUGAUGGCCGCUUUAAUUGGCAUCAAAUUUUCAUUUAACCAUUUUGCUUGUAGAUCUUCCUGGCUUACAGUUUAGCCAACACAUUUUAUAUAUUAUUAUUAUUCUUUUUUAUUAUUUAUAAAGUGCCAGCAAAUUCCGUAGCGCUGUAGAAUCUAAUAACUUGAAUAGCUUAUGCCAUUAACAAAUCACUUUUAAACAUUACAGAUGUUUUUGUGGUUUGUACUUAAUUUUCCACCAUUUCCAUAUUAAAAUUUUUCAGAGUGGUCUGCAAAUAAUUCAAUUUUAUAAUUUUUUUUUUCUCUUCCCCUAAUGGGUAUGCUAGAAAAACGUUCACUCUUGAAAAUCAUUGUUUGGGAACAUUGUAGGCAUGUGGGGCAGCUGCAAUUGUUUAUCAUGUAAUCUAUUUUUGUAUUUCAUAUAUUAAUUGGAAAAUAUUUUAUUUGUAACACAUUCCUAAAAUGUAAAACUACAUAUGGUUUAAGUUAUCUAUUUUUAGUACCCUAACCUAGCUGGGGAAAGCCAGAUGUUCCAUGUUAUUGGUUGGCAGAUAGGACUUGCUCAUAUAAAUCUUUCCUUUAAUAUGAGUAUGGAGGAUACUGUUCUGAUACUUUUAUUGUAACCUUAAAGGAACACUAUAGUGUGGUGAACAGAAACCUCUAUAGUGUUAUACGAUUUAAUUUAGUUCCCAGCCCCCAUUGCAUUGUAUGGGAAAAGUAUUUUUACUCACCUCUUUCUCCCAUGCCGCACCGGUCAAAGAUGAUGUUGAAAUCCCAUAGGAAAGCAUUGAGAAGGUAUUGUGCGUGCAUGCAUGGAAAAAUGCUACACUGCGCCAAUCAGCAUCUAAUCAUAGAGAUGCAAUAAAUCAGUCCAUCUCUAUAGGAAACAUUCAGUGUCUCAAUGCAGAGCAUGGAGACGCUGAAUGCCAGUGCUGAAAAGGCAUAGGUUAUAUUAAAAGGAUAAUAGGGACAUGCCAUAAACACCAUAACCACUACAUUAAGCUGUAGUGGUUCUGGUGACUAUAGUGUCCCUUUUGAAGGUGUUGAGGGUCAUGUAAGGAGUGUGGCAUCCAUUGUUCCCUUUUGUAUUUGAGUUGGGUUAACAUAUCAUGUGAGGUUUAAAAAAAAAAAAAAAUGGUUGCCUUCUAACUUUUAUAUAGAUACAAAUUGACAGGAAACCGUUUUCAUUUUUGCAUACUACUAUGCAUAUAUCAAGUAUAUAGUUUAUGACUGUUGGGGUAAUUUAAUACAGAAUACAUCUAACAUGGCUCCAUUUUUUUUCAUUUUUUUUUAUCUCAACAAUACAUAUUUUGUUAUCAUUUUAAUAGAACAGAAUGAAUAGCAGGUUGAGAUCUUUCACUUUACAAAAAUAGUCCUGUGGCUCAGUAGCAGCAUGUUUAAAAUGUAAAUAUUCCUUUGUCGCCUCUUGACAUUCUACAGUGAAACAACUUUAUUUGUAUAUGUACAGUGCGGCCUACCUUAGUGUAAUUCUCCUGGUUGGUUUAUUCUCUGUUGAACACAGAGCAGAAGGGUGCUGACAUGGCAUUGUAUUUUUCAUUUUCUUGUGUCCUCUUCUCACAAGUCUAAUUAAAUCAGUGUGCUGUCGUAAUGAAUAGUUUUAACCGUCUCAGACUAACAUAUUCUUUAGGUUAGUGUGGCCAUAUAUUGUUUUUUGAAUUUCUAUCCCCCAAUAUUAGGUUGAUGGACUCCUAUACUUCUUGCAUAUCUUAGGUAUGUAGAGCAGCUUUGUCUCUGUUGCUUGUAGUUUUACUGAUGAACAACAUAUACUGCUGCUCUAAAUCCUCCUCCAUUGGUGUCACAGUGAAUGUUCAUGUACUUGUAUGUAUGCCAUAUAAGUUUCAACUUCUAUUUCAUUUUUUUUUUUCAUAUGUCUUUAUUUGGUCAAUAUGGCACUCCUUGCGUUUUUUUUAUUUUACUGAAAAGCCUGUUUUUUUGGAGUCUGUUUCGCUCUUGCAGACUAAGAGUAUCAAGCUAAGGUGUAACUGUUUCUCAUUUUGUGUAUAUUCUAUCAACCUGGUAUUAUCACUCCAUGUACAAUGUCAAUUUGGUAUAGUUUUAUUUAAUGUGCAUUCAUGAUUCUUUUGGUUUUUAAAGGGCACCUUUCCAGAACACAUAACCAGUGGCGUACACACAAUCCAUGGGCCCUCCCCUUCUCCACUACUCUGACUCUCUCCCCCCUGACCGUGGCCCCCCCGAUACAUACAUACAUACACAUGCACGCACGCAGAUGUACGCACACACACACACACACACACACACACACACACACACACACACACAUACAUACAGAGACACACACAAUGUUUCCUACCUUUUGUUACUUUCCCUGGGGUCCAGUGGGGGCUCAGCCUGAUGGGAGUCAGAGUUCCCAAUCUGACUCCCUCUUCCUUCCUGCUUCCUCCCGCGUGGGCUGAUAGCUGGGAGGAGUGACCAGGGAGUCACUUCCUCCCAGCAGUGAUGUUAUCACAGGGGGCCUGGUCGCGCUGUUAAAGCACCCAGCGCUGACUGGGCACCUUGACAAUCCAUAUCCAUCGGGUGGCCCUUCAGCAUGGUCCACCCGAUGGACCCCUUAACAUGCGGCCCCGGUGGUUUACCGCACGGGCCAGGGCCGCAAAACGUGGCAGCUGGUACCCGGUCGCGGGGGUCCGCCGGGUGGCCGGUCCCCCUGCAGUGAUGGGCCGUUGCAGCUGCGACCCCUGUGACGCGGUAUGUACACUGCUGCACCUAACCUAUUUGGGUUGUUAGAAUAACCAUGAUGCUGCCUAACAAUUGUGCAUAAUGGGUUUAAAUAUAACUUUUUUUUUUGUUUUUUCUGAUACUAUAUAAAACCCCUUCAGCCACUUACCUUUAUCCAGCGCCAAGGGAGAAAACCUGAAAACCUACCGACAUCACAAGUCUUUGACCUUGCAUCUCCUGUUAGAAUAAUUUUGUUUAUUUCUUCAUAGUGCUAAUGACAUGUCUUAAAUGAUUUACUGUAUCCCAAAUGAGAGACAAACUGCUUGUAUUCACUCCCCCAGUUGUUUUGAUGAGUGGUAUUGUCACACUAAAGGGGAAAUUAAGAAGUCUUCUUAAUAUACGAAAAAGAAUGGCAAUUAACUCUAACAAAACAUGUUUGACAUAUGGCAAUAGUAUGUGAAGUGUAAGCUAGCUUAAAAUCUUCCACAUGGAUACCUUGUAUUGGCUUCAUCUGAGUAUAUUAUUUUAAUAAUACUGCCUGUGUUUCCUGUGUAUUAUUCUAUCAAUAAAACAGGAAAUAAAAUACUGAGAAGUGAAAGUUCACUUUUAACUAACUGUGCAUGGGUGGAGAGCAUACGCUGGCCCAGUAGACAGUUUUAUCUAACCUAAUUGCUAUUUAAAACACUCUACAAGGAAAACACUGUUCCUUCUUCUGGAACCCACAUAGGCAAUUGAAGCUCUUAAUGGGUUCUUUUUUUCUUUUUUCAUAUUUUACAGUUAUCACUUAACGAGCAUACAUUGUGUGUUCAUCAAUUCAUUUGCAAGGGUUUCAAAGAUUCAUACAUAAUGUUAAUGUACAUUGCACCCUGUAUGUAGAAACCAAAUUAGUUUCUGACCUCACCCAUCAGAAAAAGGACUGUUUAUUUUGGUGUUAGAAUUUCUCCACAGUUUUGUGUAUUUAACUUAUCAUUUGCCUAGAGAUGGAAAACGUGUUUAAUUUUAUUCUAGAUUCCAUGUACACACACAUCAAGGCAUCUACUUGGGUGUAAUUAUAUAUACUGUGUGUGUGUGUGUGUGUGUGUGUGUGUGUGUGUGUGUAUAUAUAAUAUACAAUAAUUUAAAAAAAAAAAAUUUUUUUUGUUUCUUCAGUUGACUAUAAUUUGGUACUUCCUCUGUACAACAGAUAGAAAUUGUCUUCUGUACAUAAAGUGUAUAAGUUGCAUUUGAGCUUUUUGUCUGUUCAACUAUAAUUCAUAUUAAGUGCACCCACACUUAUAUAUCAUUUUGUUCAGAAGAAACAGAGCUUUCAUGUCACAUCAAAUAUUUAUUUAUGAGAUCUAAUUUAAUAUUACUAAAAUCCCAAAAUAGUGUGACCGACAUUCCCCCCAAAAAUGCAUUUCAGGGUGGUGGCUUCACCAUCUACGCUUUCUGGGAUAUUAUACAUGUUCUGCAGGUGUCAGGGAGCCGCAUGCGAAAUGCAGAAGUCUUCCAGAACUACUGAGAGACUUAGGAUGUCUGGUGUGAGAAAUGAAAACAUUUUGUUAUUUCCCAUGUUCUACACAGCAUUUAAGACCAAAUAUAUUGGAUGCCUAUCUGAACUUGGAAAUUUCACAAAGUGACUUUCUGGGCUUAUGUUACCUUUUGAGGCAGUAUGGCAGCCCAGGAAAAAAAAAUACCCCAAUGAUUUAUGAAUAUUUAUGAAAGUAGAAGUAGUAUUCCAAAUGGCAUAAUUUGAGCUGUUUGGUAAAGCCACUUUAUCACAAAAUAUAUACGUUUUAUGUAUACAUACAAUAUUUGAAUUGCAGCUACAGGAUCCUUGGUCUAUCUGUGCGUAUUUGCACCUUAGUUUUAUAUUAAUUGUUAAUGUUGAUAUGAACUGAUGCUUUCUGAUCAAGGCUUUAUUGUUGAUUUUUUUUUUUCUUUUUAGGUUAUGCUUCCAAUUAAUAUAAUUUUAUGUCAUAUUUGUGGUUUGUUUUUUUGUUUUUUUAUUUUUUUCUGGUUAGAAAUUUUUUUAAAAAUAAAUAAAUAUAGUUGUAGAUCUAUUUGGUAUCCAAGUACAGAGAGGCUUAAUUUUAUUAAUUCAGCUAUAGUCUACGUAAUUGUUCUUGUGUUUAUAUUAUAUAGCUUUAUUUUUUAGAUAAAUUGAGUCUUCUAAUUUAUCUGAUCCCUCUCAUGACAAGCAGCAUCCUGUGUAGAUUUACCACAUUUUGACAUAUGACAAGACCAUAUCAUGAAAAAGCAGACUAAUUAGAAAGAGGCAGAGAUUAUGCAUUUUAUUUUAAACUUUGCUUUCUAUCUACCACCACUCUACAUUGCCUCCAAUAUUUAAUAUCCUCCCUUCCCCCUGACAAGUUUUUCAUUUUCCUGUGUUCCUCUUUCCUUCAAUUCUUGGACUGUGAGAACUUUUGAGUGUUCAGUCUAAGAAAGACUCUGUCAACACUAUUUUGUAUGUCCCCAAUGUAUAAUUGUAUAGUGCUAUGGCAUAUGUUAGUGCUAUAUAAAUGGGGAUGGUAAUAACAAUAAUAAAUCCUCUUUUUCCUUCCUUCCUUCCUUUUUUUGUUUUUUUGUUCUACCAUUUUUUUCAUCUGCAUCAAUCUUUUUCCUCUCCUCACUAUUCUCCAUCCAUGCAUUCUCCCUCCCCCCUCCCCACAUCCUUCUCCAUAAUUUUUUCAUUCUACAAAUUCUCCUUUGUGUGAUUGGACUUGUGCAGUGUUUUACAAGUGUGUUGGGGAUUGUGAGUGUGCAUGGGUUGCUUUGAUAUGAUGGCUGGUUUGGCUUUGAGUUUAGGGUUCUUAUUUAUUUAGGGUUCUUCUUUUAUUUUGCUGCCUACCUGUGGGCAGGGAGGGAGAGUUUAGAUGAAAAAUUCAGUGAGUGCACAUCACUUCCAUGGUUUCUCCAGAUUUGGUAAUCAUAUGUGAAUCCGAGCCCUGGGUAGACCACAUGUUGUUCUGCAACCAUGUGUUAUAUACUACUGAAAACAAUAAAGGGAAGUUGGCCAAUCCGGGAGAUUCUCUCCAGCUUUAGAAUGCACAUUUGGAGCAGACAUCCUGUAAAUACCUCACUUACCUUUCCUUAUAAUAGCUUCAACCCUGGAGUCACUUGGCAUGUUUGUAGCCGUCAAAGGAUUAUAAAGUUGUAAUAAAAAACAUGCUUUAAAUUGCUAAUGCAUUACAUAUAAUUUUAGCAAUACCCUCUCUAAAGACAUUACGGUACUUUCAUAUUCCAGGAAAAUAAAAAAUAAUUUCUAUUGUUCUGCUUUCUCUUUAACAAUAAAGGAGAAAUGUUGUCUUAAUACAGUGUUUAAAACACCAACUAUCUGCUUUUGACCUAAACCAUUUAUUGUAUUGAACCACAUAAUGUUGUCUUUGUACCUCAACUCCUCUAGAUUGUAAGCUUGUUCAAACAGCAUUUAACCACUUGUUCCUAUUAGCAAAUGUAAUAGUUUGUCUAGUUUGCUGCUAGUAUAUUUCCAUCAUCUCAACUAAUUAAUGACAACACUGUUAAUAUUAAUGAUAAAUAUAAUUUCAACGCAUAAUCAAAUCUUAUUUAAUAUAUGCUGAAAGUUAAGUACACAAGUUGAAAAUGCCAUAAAAUGGGCUUAGCAUGUUUUACAAUCCGGUAAUGACAGUGUGCUUUUAAAAACAUACAUUUGAUAAAACUGAAACUGGUGUGUGUGUGUGUGUGUGUGUGUGUGUCUGUCUGUCUAUAGAAACAUAGAAUGUGACGGCAGAUAAGAACCAUUCGGCCCAUCUAGUCUGCCCAAUUUUCUAAAUACUUUCAUUAGUCCCUGGCCUCAUCUUAUAGUUAGGAUAGCCAUAUGCCUAUCCCACGCAUGCUUAAACUCCUUUACUGUGUUAACCUCUAUCACUUUAGCUGGAAGGCUGAACUCUUUUUAAAGUAUCAAUAUCCCUCUGGAGAUACAGUUUCCAGUACUCAAAGUGAGGUCUCACCAGUGUUCUGUACAAUGGCAUGAGCACUUCUUUCUUUCUACUGCUAAUUCCUCUCCUUCUGCUAGCAUUUCCUCCUGCUCUAUUACAUUGUCUGCCUACUUUUAAGUCAUCAGAAAUAAUCACCCCUAAAUCCCUUUCCUCAGAUGUUAGGUUAGGACUCUAUCAAAUAUUCUGUACUCUGCCCUUUGGUAUUUACGUUAAAGAUGCAUUAUCUUGCACUUAUCCACAUUAAAUGUCGUUGCCACAACUCUGACCAUUUUCCUAGUUUGCAAACACAACAAAAGAAUGGUGGAUUGGCGCUUAAGACCAAAGAAUAAGCAACUACCCCCAGUGCCCAAAAUCACUAAUUGGCACUCAGAUAUGAAGUGAAAGAAAAGGAUAUAAGGGGGGUGCAAAGGAAAUAUAUAAAAAUCCUGUAUACUUAAUAUAAUGAGUGGAACACCUCCUGAUUUUCCUACAAUAAAAACACAUACAUAGUGUAAUACUGUUAUGUAAGGAACAUUAAUCAAUCAAGGUAUUGGGUCACUCACAAUAUGCAGAGCCACAUAAAGCUGGCUCUGACUUCAGUGACAGGUGAAUAAUUAUUCUGGCUUUCAGAUUCCUAGACAGGAUAGCUUCUUUCCAGCCCUUCAAUGAUUUCCAGGAUAUCCAAUUAGUAAAGAGCAAAUUAAAACUUUACUAAAUAAAAUACAGGAAACAGAAAUAAGCUUAAGAUAACAUGAAAAAGAAAGUCCACAGAACUAACGCGUUUUGACCUCCAGGUCUUUGUCAAAGUGUGUGGUAAAUGCUGGUCUUCUAUCGUUGAAUUUGGCGCCGUUUUACCGGCGUCUGUCUUCACUUCCGGGUCCGCCGAACAUCCACACCACGUGACUCUCCAUACGGUCACCUGAUUCUGAUGUCAUACGCAAUGACGUCACUUCCGGAUUCUCGAUCUUCACCUUGUAAAUUCUUUGGAUGUCGGCAGUACUGGCAUUUUCGCCAUAUUUGAACUGGGAAAAGAGCCACUACAUGCAGAAAACUUCAAAUAAAUACAUCUAGUAUAUAAAGUGAAUGUUAUUUCUCCACAUUUAAACAAACACUAAACAAGUAUGCAUACAUACAUUACAAAAAGAAACAUAUUCUCAACUAAAAAAAUAUUUCAUAGUAUUGCACAUCUAUAUAACAAAUAAAAGUUCAUAAAAUACAAAUUAAAAACAUAUUCUUACAUCGAAAAUAUUUCAUAGGAUUACACAUCUAUAUAAGAAAAUUCAUAAAAUGCAAAUAAGAGAACAUACUUUCAACUGGAAGAUAUUUAUUAUUUUUACAUAUCUAUAAUAUGAGGAGGAUGAUCCCCUUAAAGUGAAAUACACUUAUAGUGGGGAGUAAUUGGUAAUGCAUAGCUAUAAGUUAAAAAUACCUCAAUAAAAAUAAUACAAUAUAUGUAUCUAUAUAUAAAAAAAGGUUCUAAAAAUGUGAUUUAUUUGCUCAUGUGUCCUUGUGGGCUACAAUACAUUGGUAAAACAUCUAGGUGCCUCAAAACAAGGAUAUGUGAGCAUAUCUAUAAUAUUAGGAGGGUUUUUUUAAAACACAAUAUAUCAUUAAAUUUUUUUUAAAUGCCAUGGAGGAGACCCCUCUGGACUCCAAUUUUUCGGCAUACAAAAGAUAGAAGCCCAUUGGAGAGAGGGGGUCUGGAAUCGACGUUGAGCCGCUGCGAGAUGAAGUGGAUAUUUAAUUUGCACACUUUGUCUCCUUGUGGACUCAACAUCGAUUUCGAGAUGUCAGCACUUUUUUAAUUUUAUUUGUGUAUUCUAUUUUUAUUGGGUAUUUUAAUUGUGGAUUUCCACUUUUUUAGGUAUUAUUUAAAAUUAUUUUUUAUUAAAUUUUAAAAUUAAUUAAUAUCUUUCUGUCUUCUUGUCUCCUACAGAUGUAUUAUGUACCAUUUAUUUACCUUUUUUUUUAUAUAUAGAUACAUAUAUUGUAUUAUUUUUAUUGAGGUAUUUUUAACUUAUAGUUAUGCAUUACCAAUUACUCCCCACUAUAAGUGUAUUUCACUUUAAGGGGAUCAUCCUCCUCAUAUUAUAGAUAUGUAAAAAUAAUAAAUAUCUUCCAGUUGAAAGUAUGUUCUCUUAUUUGCAUUUUAUGAAUUUUGUUAUAUAGAUGUGUAAUCCUAUGAAAUAUUUUCUAUGUAAGAAUAUGUUUUUAAUUUGUAUUUUUUGAACUUUUAUUUGUUAUAUAGAUGUGCAAUACUAUGAAAUUUUUUUUAGUUGAGAAUAUGUUUCUUUUUGUAAUGUAUGUAUGCAUACUUGUUUAGUGUUUGUUUAAAUGUGGAGAAAUAACAUUCACUUUAUAUACUAGAUGUAUUUAUUUGAAGUUUUCUGCAUGUAGUGGCUCUUUUCCCAGUUCAAAUAUGGCGAAAAUGCCAGUACUGCCGACAUCCAAAGAAUUUACAAGGUGAAGAUCGAGAAUCCGGAAGUGACGUCAUUGCGUAUGACAUCAGAAUCAGGUGACCGGAUGGAGAGUCACGUGAUGUGGAUGUUUGGCGGACCCGGAAGUGAAGACGGACGCCUGCAAAACGGCGCCAAAUUCAAGAUAGAAGUGCUAUUUAAAAGAGAGAAGACCAGCAUUUACCACACACUUUGACAAAGACCUGGAGGUCGAAACGCGUUAGUGCUGUGGACUUUUUCUUUUUCAUGUUAUCUUAAGCUUAUUUCUGUUUCCUGUAUUUUAUUUAGUAAAGUUUUAAUUUGCUCUUUACUAAUUGGAUAUCCCGGAAAUCAUUGAAGGGCUGGAAAGAAGCUAUCCUGUCUAGGAAUCUGAAAGCCAGAAUAAGCUAAUUAUUCACCUGUCACUGAAGUCAGAGCCAGCUUUAUGUGGCUCUGCAUAUUGUGAGUGACCCAAUACCUUGAUUGAUUAAUGUUCCUUACAUAACAGUAUUACACUAUGUAUGUGUUUUUAUUGUAGGAAAAUCAGGAGGUGUUCCACUCAUUAUAUUAAGUAUACAGGAUUUUUGUAUAUUUCCUUUUCUUUCAUUUUCUUAUUUUACCUAAAUCAUUUGCCAUUUGGAACAUCAACCCUGUUACAUAUCUUAGUAUCAUCAGCAAAAAGACAUACCGUGCAAUCAAGACCUUCUGUGUGUGUGUGUGUUUUUAUAUAUAUAUAUAUACACACAUACACACACACUCUCCUUGAUUUUACGACGCCUCGCACUUACGGCCAACUCUCUUGUGGGGUGGUAAGUGCGAGUCGUCUAGGAUUUAGAUGGAUUCCCUGUUCUGCUGCAUUCGUCUAUGUUCGGGGACAUUUCCCCAAACAUAGACAAAUGUACCAGAGCAGGGAAUCCCUUAACUCCUCACUUACCGACCAAUUCGUUCUAUGACCGGGUCGUAGGAACGGAACCUGGUCGGUAAGUGAGGAGUACCUGUAUACAGAUUAAGGAACAACGCACACAUAGAAAUACAGUUUGAAAUGUUAUAAGGCUACUUAAAAUUGACUAUCUCAGCGAACAAAUAUGGGAUUCAGUUCCACCAUAUGGCCAUAGUCUGUUAAGCCCACCACUACUUCACUGUACCCAAUAUCGGUCGGUCCUACACUAAUUCCAACGUGCAGAUAAAUUUUGCUAAAUAAGCUUUGAUAUAUGUAUCAAAGCUUAUUUAGCAAAAUUAUAAUUAGCUAAAUUAUAUAUAUAUACUCAGAAUGCAUAUCCUUUAUCUGCUCUAUAUGAAAUGAAAAUUAUAAUUAAAGUGACAUACUUGCACGUGCACACACUUUUUUUUUCUUUUUUACUUUUUUUGGGUGGGUUCUUCCCCCAACAAACAUUCCACUGCAAUGAGAUAAAAAUGAAACUUGUUUAAUUUGUCACUACUUAGAGCCUGGAAUAUCUGCCAUGUGUUGCAUGUAUUGGGUAACCAAUUAACUACAAAGAUUUAAAUAAUACUAAAGUGCCAGACAGAAUCUUUAUUAACAUAAGAAAUAGCCGAGCUGUGCCUAUAGUGUAGUUUGAUACGAUGUCUUACUCUGCUUUUUUUUUUUCUUGUGUUUGUAGCUUGUUACAAAUAAAUCACAGAAAGAUGAAUAAGGGAAGCUGCCUGUCAGGCCAAAAUAAUUCUUCUACAAACUAUGCUAAUUUUAAACAAAAAUAACCUUUGAUGUUGUGUAGUACUUAUGAUCCCACACUGAAUUGCUGAAAACCCUAUUCAGAUAUAAAAUAUGGUGAAUACAUCUUAAAGGAACACUAUAGUGUUAGGAAUGGGUAAUUUAUCUUUUCCCCAUUCAGAUUAGAGGCAGUGCACUACACAUGGGAUAUACUCUAGUCUGGAAAGGAAAGGCAGGCCGACACCUACAAAUUUUAAUCGUUAGGCUCCUCCCCCCUUAGAGCUCCAAGCCACAACCACAGUUCUCUGCCUGCCUUCGGUAGGAUAGCAGGCACUCCCUUUUGUGUCUCCAGGAUAAGAUAAGUCGGCUGCGGCUGAGCAGGACUCGGCCCGGGCUGAUUCAGAGGAUGCAGAAUGGGUAUUAUUGUUAUUAUUUAUAUAGCUCCAACAAAUUCCGCAGUGCUUUACAGUGGAUGGACGAACAGACAUGUAGUUGUAACCAGACAAGUUGACACACAGGAACAGAGGGGUUUAGGGCCCUGCUCAACGAGCUUACAUGCUAGAAGGAAUGGGGUAAAGUGACACUAAAGGUAAGGAUCGUAUUAGACUGACAGUUGCAAGAGAUGAAUCAGUUAGGAGCUAUUAACGGUUUAAUUGAUAAGCUUUUAUGAAGAAGUGCGUUUUUAAUGAUUUUUUUGAAGGAGUGGAGACUGGGUGAACAUCUAACGGAGGAGGGAAGUGCGUUCCACAGGAAUGGUGCAGCCCUCAAGAAGUCUUGAAGACGAGCAUCAGAGGGGGGAGUAUGGACAGAAGAUAGACGUAAGUCUUCAGCAGAGCGUAAGGGCCUAGACGAGACCUACUUGUCUAUUAGGGAGGAUAGAUAGGUGGGCGCAGCAUUAUGUAGAGAUUUGAAAGCAAGAACCAGAAUUUUAAAUUGAGCCCUAUAUCUUACAGGCAGCCAAUGUAGGGACUGACAGAAGGGUGAGGCGUGGGAGGUUGGGGCGGACAGGAAGAUGAGCCUCGCCGCCGCAGUCAUGUAUGCGUAUGGCUCUUUCCUCUGCUUCUAGAUGGAACUCUCGCUGGGUGCCAGUGUUUCACAUUCUACACUUUCCGCCUAAUGCCAAGUCAGGCGCCGGAAGUGGUAAAGGUGCCCUGUGCGCACAGGCUGGGAGGUCCUGGCAGUGGAACACACGCGCAGGUUGCGACUGGGAUAUCAUGAUGUGCAGGACGCAUGCGCAAUGUGAUCUCCAAAUUCAGGCGCAUUUUUUUUUUUUUUAAAGGUUUCCAGGACCAUGGAAGUUAUCAAAACCCAGCAGCAACUAUCUGUUUGCCAGGUGCUCUCAGUUCUGUUGCAGUGUGCUCUCACCAGCUCUCCAGCACAGUCAGUGGCCAUUAAGUUAAGACUUUUUGCUUUUGUCUUAUGGUCUCUUGCCUGAAAUUUUUUAUUUUUUUUCUUCUUCCUUGCUGGUUUGUUUUAUGUAUAUCUAUUCUUGAGCUGUAAAACCUGCUGAGAGGGAAAAUGUCUUCCAAUUCAAUGCAUUGAAUCUGUUCCUCCUGUGUGCAGCCCAGCUGGACGGCUAUAAGAAGGUUCUAAGUCAGCUUCUAAGAAGCUGGAAAGGCCCAAAGAGACACUCCACUGCUCAGAUACAAAAAAUAAAAAUCACUGUUUAGUGGAUAGUCCCCGCCCAGACUUUAAGUGUUCAAUCAAUGUGAAAUCUUUGCACGGCAGGUGCUCUGGCAAUUGCUGCCCUUUAAUUCCAUUGCUAAAGAUAACCAGAUCAGGAAGUACCACAGCAGCACAGAGUAAAGCCCCUUUUGGAGGAACAUCUGUGGCUAAGGCACAAUGAUUUUGGCUUGAUUCUUUAAGGAAGAUUUGAUUUGUAAUUACUAUUCAUCUGUGGCAGAAUAUCAGAAUGACAUCUGAAUUCCUGGCAGUUUCUUAAUCAGAAAACUUUAAAUCUUCCUGCUAAUAAGAGUCUUCCCAAUGUAGCAAGUAAGGCAGAGAGGUUUAGAAACUGGUCAGCCGAUUCAGCUUCUAAGAACUCCCUUUUGUGAUAUACCUUUUGAACAGGGAAGACUGUUUGUGUCACAUUUAGAUGACUUGUUCAAACAGCAUAAGGGAAGGAAGUUUUACCAGAAGAUAGAAGUAACAAAAAGUUGAACAAAACUUUUUUCUACAGAAGCGGAGCCUCUGAUAGAGAUUCCUUAGGUAGACCCACUGCUUGAAUAAACAAUAGACAUCAGUUUGACUUUAAAAACAAAGUAACUUCUUUGAGUAAAAGGAUCAUAGACUAUUGGUGCACUCCAGGUGGGAUGAAUUAUUCUAGGGUUUUUCUCAUACUGGAACAACACUUCCACAAACACUGAAUCCUAUCUUUCAUGCAAAGAGGCUACUGAUUAAGGUUAUGCGACCUUCUUCCAAGUGGUUUUCUGUCCGUAACCAUUCAUUUUCGCUGUACGGCUUUAGUACCCUUUCAGUAAAAUCCAGGUGAUUUUAAUGAAAAAGGUAUUAGAAACUCUACCACAAGAAGAACCGUUUAUGGGGACCUAUUCGAGGCUUUUCUUGGCUUAGAUACCAGAUGGCACUUAUUAUUAUUAUUAUUAUUAUUAUUAUUAUUAUUAUUAUUAUUAUUAUUAUUGGUAUUUAUAUAGCGCCAGCUUAAUCCGCAGCGGUUUACAAUAAAAGGGGAAUUUACCAAAUGAGACAAUAACAAAGUGUAACAGGAACAAUAGGUCAUUGAGGACCUUGCUAAAACGAGCUUACAGUCUAGAGGAGGAGGGGGAUAAAACCACAAUAGGAAGGGUAUUGAGAGAGACCGCAAAUAUACAUGGUGGGAAAGUAGCAGAACUGGAGGAGAGAGUGGAAUGUGGCCCUAUAGGAUAGAGCGAGAGGAAGUAUUGAGAGAUAGAAGUUACUCUUGGAAGCUAUAACCAUUCCUAAAAAUAUGGGUUUUGAGAGACUUCUCAAAAGAUUGAAGACUAGGGGAGAGUCUGACAGGGGUGGGCAGGCUGUUCCAAAGGAAAAGAGUUGUCCGUGAGAAGUCUUGCAGGCAUAUAUUUGCAGUAAGGGUGAGAGCAGCAGACAGGCGAAGGUCACUAGUAGAGUGGAGAAACCGAGAGGGGGGCAUACCUGUGAGGAAAUGUAAGAGGGGCUAGAGUUGGUUAGAGCUUUAUAGGUAAGGGUUCAAAUAUUAAAUUGACAUCUGUAGGAUACAGGAAGCCAGUGUAAGGAUCGACAGAGGGGUGAGGUGUGAAAGGAGCGACAGUAGUGAGAGAUCAGCCUGGCAGCAGCAUUCACCACUGAUUCUAGAGGGGCAGUAUGGCUUCUGAGGAGACCAGUUAGGAGAGCAUUACAGUAAUCGAUGCAAGAGAUUACUAGAGCACGAUCAGGCUCCUUGGCAGCAUCUUGCGUAAGAAAGGAGCGUAUGCGGGCAAUGUUUUUAAGUUGGAAUCGACAGGUUUUAGCAACAGAUUGGACAUGAGACGCAAAGGUGAGGCCAGGAUUAAAAGUGACACCAAGACAGCGAGCUUGAAAGGAUGGGGUGAGGCAGGUACCGUCAACCUGCAGGGAGAGUGAAGGAGGAGGAUCAGUAUUCUGAGGAAGAAAAACAAGAAUCUCCGCUUUAGAGAGAUUGAGUUUCAGAAAGUGGGAGAACAUCCAAUCCGAUAAAUAAGAAAGGCAAUUGGUGACAUGUUGUAGGACAGGUCAGGGAAGAAGAGAUAUAUCAGGGUGUCUUCACCGUACAGAUGGUUGUGGAAUCCAACUGAAUUAAUGAGUUUGCCAAGAGAGGCAGUAUAGAAAGAGAGAGAACAAAAGGGGACCAAGAACUGAACCUUGAGGGACUGAGACAGGAUGAGGAGAGGAGAUGCUGUUGGAUAAAGAGACACUAAAGGAGUGUUGGGAGAGAUAGGAAGAGACGCAUGAGAGGGCUGUGUCACAAAGACCAAGAGAUUAAAGAGUUAGGAGAAGGAGGCCAUGAUCAACAAUGUCAAAGGCAGCAGAGCGGUCAAGCAGAAUUAGUAUGGAGUAGUGGCCUUUGGAUUUGGCUGUGAUUAGGUCAUUUGUAACUUUAAUAAGAGCAGUCUCAGAGUGGAGGGGGCAAAAGCCAGAUUGAAGAGGAUCGAGGAGGGAGUUGGAAUUUGGAAAAUGAGUCAUCUGAGUUAAGAGUCUUUCUAGAAGCUUUGAGGAAAACUGAAGCAGAGAUAUGGGAAAAUAGUUGGAAGUGGAGGAUGGGUUCCGGGGGAUGGCUUUUUAAAGAUGGGUACAACCGUAGCAUGCUUAAGAGGAGCAGGGACAACACCAGAUGAAAGAGAACAGUUUAGGAUGUGUGUAAAGGAUUGUACAAGACAAGGGGUGAGAGCUCUGAUGAGGUGAUUAGGUACUGGAUCAAGUGGACAGGUGGUGGGAUAAGAGGAAGGGAGAAGCGCAGCCACCUCCUGUCAAGUAGCUGGAGGGAAGUCUUGUAGGGUAGGGAUGGUAUGGUCCAAGUGCGGUUGAGAUAGAGAUGGGAAAAGGGGGGAGAAUUAAUUCCUUAACUGUUUAAUUUUGUCAGUAAAGCAACAUGCAAAGCUAUCCGCUAAAAGAUUAGUUUGUGGGGUAGCCACAACAGGACAAAGAAGAGAGUUAAAAGUAUUAAAGAGAUUCCUAGGAUUACUGGAGCAUGAACUUAUGAGAGAAGAAAAGAAGGACUGUUUAGCAAGGGUGAGGGCUGCACUGUAUGUAGUGUAGAAAGUCCAACAAGGUGCGAGACUUCCUCCAGCAGCAUUCAGGUGAACAGGAGCAUCUCUGCAGGUGGCAGGCUGACUUAGUGUGCCAUGGUUGGACGCGCGCCGUCCUUGAGGAGCAUGCUUGGAGCAGGGCUGCAGCAUCGAGGGUAGCAUUAGAUGAGGAGAUUGCCAGAGAGAGACAGAAGAAGGUAGGGAUGGAUGAGAGUUUGGAAUGAAGAUCAGCUGAGAGUUGCUGGAGGUCGAGAGAAUUCAGAUUUCUCAUGGGUUGUGGGGACACUCAAGAACAAAUGAUGGUAGGUGGUGGCCUGAUAGAGGAAAUGUAGUAUUAGAGAUUGGAGACUUAGCAUGCAUUUGAAAAAAUAAAAUCUACGGUAUUGCCCGCUACAUGUGUGGGAGAAUUAGCCAUUGUGACAGCCCAAAGGAGGAGGUGAUUGAAAUGAGUUUUGAGGCUACUGAGGACAAGGGUGGGUUAAUGGGAAUUUUGAAUUCCCCUAGAAUUAGGGAUGAGAUAUUGCUUGAGAGGAAGUAAGGUAGCCAGGCAGCAAAAUUGUCAAGGAAGAGACCCGGAUAACCUGGGGGCCGAUAACUGCAAUGUUUGCAGAUAUGGGUUUGAAUAAGUGAAUUGAGUGAAUUUUAAAGGCAGAGAAGGGGGUGGGUAGAGGUUGGAAGGAGCAGUGGGGAGAAAGGAGAAACACUACACUACCAUUUUGUCUUGUGUGGUGCGUAAAUUGUAGAUGACCAUAGAAUAAUAAGGCAGGGGCAGCUGUGUCAGAAGGAGAGAGCCAAGUUUCCGUUAUAGAAAGUAAGUUUAGAGAGUGUGAGGUGAAUAAGUCAUGGGUAGAAGUAGAUUUAGUUAUGUUGCACACAGAGCGUGCAUUCCAGAGGGCAGAAUGGAAGUAGGGCUUAAAGGGAGAGUUACAACUGUACCCAGUUGAUGGAAUGAAAAUGGAGGCAUAAAGAUUCAAAGAAAUCCACCUAAGUUAGCUGAAGCUAUUUGGUUAGUUAUUUUGUUAUAAGAUUGGAGAGGUUUCUGGGUUGGACACAAGGUAGGUAGGUAGGUAGAUGUAUCGGCCACCCCGCUAGUGGAGGGGUUUCCAGCGCCAGAGAUGUCCUUUCUCCCUAGAGUAUAAAGUGCUGAAAUAUCCCCAAGCAUCAAUCCAAGCGGUGAAAAAGUAGGUAUAGCUGUGAAGCUCUGAUAAGAGCUAGUGGUUAUAGCUUGUAUAGCAGGUCCCUACAAACGCGAGGCGAGGAUCUAUGUUGAGGGUAAAGCUGGACUGAUUUUAAUGGUGUCACACUUGGCCUUUUAUGACAGUUCCCAUGCAGGGGGCAUUCCCAGAUGGACCUUGUUGGGGACUACAAUACAAAAUUAAACCAAUAACAACAGGGUUAUACUGUAUGACACUCCCACCCAUAGCAUACAAUCCAUCCCCUCUGCCUGGAAGAUAAUUGAGUCAAUUACUGUAUCAACUCAAUUAUUUCCAGGUGAAAAGGAACAUAAUUUACAGACAAUAUGAAAGUACCCGAAAAACUCAUAUAAACCCCACAAAAAGUAUAUCUCCUGAUUGCCCCGAUCUGGGUGAGCAACAUAUCUAAAAAUCACCCAGAACGGUUCAGGGUUUCGGGAGUUCCAUGGAAGUCUUCUUUCUGACCGAUCGCACACAAGGCUCCAGUCCAGAAUAGUUCUAUAGAGUUCAAGUUGUGCGGCCAGUCUUUCGGGAGCUUCAAUUACACGAAAUGUCACAAAUAACUGUUCUUGGGAAAGCUAGUCGUGUGCCCCUCAUUCGGAAGUUGGUUUUCACCGAACGCUGCCUCUUUUGGAUGACUUUGAAUGAACAUAGGUGAUCCUGGAAGUCUCAGCGGUGUUCAGGCAGCUGAGUGUCCGAAAAUAGUUCCAAACACCACUGGGCGCGUUCGACAAAACAAGAGGCCCCAUGUCUGUGCAUAGAACGUUCAGUGUUGUGGUUAGAGCAAGUGUUAGUAAGGUCAGUUGGGUCAAUUGGCGGCACACGACUGCUCUGGGUGGUCCAAAUGUUCGGUAUAUUAUUUGGUAUACGAACCAGCUGGGGAAAAUCUCUUCAUUUGGGUUCGUAUACCGAUCCAGGCAAAGCAAACAUAAUCUCUAGGAACAGGGCAUCUGUUACAGUAGAGGCGAGAUUACGGUUUGGAGAGACAUCGCCAGCUGCCAGGAGCAGAAGCAUAGAAAUUAAGAGAAGAUGGGAGUAAGAUUUGAAUGCUUGUAUUUUGAGGUUUCAGAAGGAGUUGGAGGAGAAAGGGUAGAUGGGUAUAGUGAUAGUAAUGAGAGAAGUGAGGGUAAAACUGAAAAAUAGUACAGAGAACUUACAGGCUUAUCCUGCAUCUAAGAACAGAUUUAUAGUCGUAAAGAAGUGUUGCAGGGAAAUCUUACUUUCUGACACUCACUUUUUUUCAAACAGGUUUCUGGCUGAACUCAUGCGAUCUGACGGAUGCUUUUCUGUGUGUGUGUGUGUGUGUGUGUGUGUGUGUGUGUGUGUGUGUGUGUAUGUAUGUAUGUAUGUAUGUAUGUGUAUAUAUAUUUACCAUUAUUUAUUCAGAUGGAUGUUUUUUUCUGCCCAUAGAAAAAAAGGAAAUAUUCCAUUGGCAACUCUUGUGGGCACUAAUCUCAGACAUCUGUUCCAUAGGUCUCUUUACAGCAGCAGCAAAUCUAUCAGUUAGAUGGUCCAAGGCAAAAAUGAGCCCAUUGCAGAAAAAAAAUGGAUACGUCUUUCUAAACCACUUGAUGAGACUAGAGUCUUUGACUUUACGGAGUUUCCUUGGUGUACAACAUCUCAGUUCCUUACAAAGUAUCUGUCUUUUCAAUUGUACAGUUUUGUGAUAAUCACACGGACACUUUCAUAUUUGGCUAUGAAGCUCAUCUGUGUACCCAGUUGAUGGAAUGAAAAUGGAGGCAUAAAGAUUCAAAGAAAUCCACCUAAGGGAGCUGAAGCUAUUUGGUUAGUUGUUUUGUUCUUCAGGCCAUGCCUCCAGGGACAACACUUGCAGUUAAGAAUGGACAAUUCAACAGCAGUUGUGGAUGUGUAUCAACAGAGAGGGACUCAUUCUCUGCUCCUGGAACAUUUUUGCGCCAGGAUCAUUAUCUGGUCAGACCUUCAUCUGCUAUCAAAUUCUAAGGUCCACAUAAGAGGAAAAACCAAUACGCUAAGCCAACGCUCUCUUUUUUAACAAGAAGACUGGUCUCUCUCUCACCAGCUUUUUCAAAUAUAGCAGAGAGAUUUGGUAGACUGGAGAUAGUUCUGUUGGCUUCAAAAAGCAAACUAAAAGAUUUACAGAAUUGCUUCUCUCCAUCUAGCAGUAAACCCAUUUUUUUUUUUAUUUCCCCAAGGCACUGGUUUUGCAAUGGAUUUUCACCUGGCAUUUAUUUUUCCCCAUCAGGAAAUUGGUUCCUCCUUGGGAUUUGAAUUUGGGUCAUUUCAGCCUUCUGUGAUGCUCCAUUGGAGCCCUUGGAUUCCUGUUGUCUUAAGAUAUUCCGUGUAAGACAGUCCUGUGGUAGCUAAACAUCUGAGGGAACUUAAGGCCUUGGCUUCGUCUCCUCCUCAUUUAAUGUUUAAUUUGGAUAAAGUGGUCCUUAUUCUUCAUCCUUCCCUUUCUUCCAAAAGUUUCUUCUACAUCUUAUAUAAUUCAGGGAAUUGGACUUCCACCAUUUUGCCUAUUUCCUUGGAACACUACAGAAAGAAAGUUUCAAGGCCUACAUGUGUAACACUCUGCAGUAUUACCUGUACAAGACCAGCCUUUUUUCGUCAUUCUGAUUCUCCUUCUUUAAGGACUGAAGAAGGAUCUUCUGGCAUCCAAAAGGUCUUAACAAAAUGGUUUAAGGAAGCAAUUUAACUGUUGUGCAGGUGUUCUUCUAAUGUUCCUCCUCCUCUGCAUUUACAGGCGCAUCCUGCAAUGGCUGUUGCUGCUUUGGGAGCUUUCGGGCUUCCACUACUCGUUCAAGGAUUUGCAAAGCUGCUGCCUGGUGGUAUCUUCAUGCUUUCUCUAAACGGUUUUUGGUUGGACUUAUUGGCAUCUGUGAAUUCUGUUUUUGGGCGUAAAGUAUUAUAGGCUGUGGUGUUAUGACUUUCCGCCCUUAAGGGAUUGCUUGUUUAUCCUAUGUGUAGUGCACUGCCUCUAAUCUGGAGGGAAAAAUUCUAAUUUUACUUACCGUAAAUUUCUUUUUCUUAAGGAUUGGAGGCAGUGCACGUAUUUCCAACCUUGGUUAUUAAAUAUAUUUUGCAAUUACUUGGCUUGUGUAUUUUCUGGGGUUGUGGCUUGGAGUUCUCUGAGUUAUACCUAUGGGAGGAGGAGCCUAACCAUUAAAAUUUUAAGUGUUUGCCUGCCUUUUCUGUCCAGACUAAAGUAUAUCCCAUGUGUAGUGUAUUGCCUUUAAUCCUUAGGAAAAAUACAUUUACGGUAAGUAAUGAUUGAAUUUUCUCCCUCUGUUGACAUAAAGUAGUCUGGGUGCAGUGUCCCUGUUCUUUUAAUCAUGUAAUGUUAAACAUUGCAGUUUUCCAGAAACUGCAAUGUUUACAUUAAAGGAUUAAGACUGCCUCUAGUGGCCAUCUACCGGACAGUGAUUUGAGGCACUACCUGGAAAUUCAGAGUUUGACUCUGUGAAAUAACGCUAGAUGUCCUCACGCUUUGUCUUGAAAAUCCCUGUAGGAAAGUAUUCAGGCAAUUCUUUCCUGUAAGGUAGGCCUAAUGUGCACGCCGCGCAUGUGCAUUCCCACCCUCUCUUCCCCCCCCCCCCCAUAUUGGCUCAUGGCAGAGGAGAAGCGUGACCUCACCGCUGGAAUUGGGUAAGUGUAAAAAUGUGUUUUUGUUUUGACCUUUUAAAUGCCUAUGGGUGGAAGGGGGCUGUGAGGGAGAUGACUGUCCCAGAGGGCACUAUAUUGUUAGAAAUACAGUUUUGUAUUCCUAACACUAUAUAGUUUUCCUUUAAGAACAAUUUAUAGUGAUGGCAAGCAUAUAUAUUUACUGGAAUCUUGUUCCACACCCUUCUCUAUAUUAUUAUUAUUAUAAUUCCUCCAUUUCAUCAUGCAUUUAAUCUACUUUAUGAUCUGUGUACUGAUAUGUCUAAACCUACUAACAUACAAAAAUUGACUACAGUAAUAGAAACAAUGUUUUUUAAGAGAAGGAGAAGCAUGUUUAUUUAACUUUUUUUCUUUUGUUGGUUUCACUUGCUCUUUUAAACAAGCAUAUCAGGGAAAUCCAGUUAAAUUUUUCAUUUACAAAAUGUGCAGCUCUGUAGAGCAGCAAGGAAUGUGUUUGCCAUAUUCUAAAUAGGAAGCAUAGUGUUGGCUGAGAUCCUUUCAUCCAUUAAAAAACUACAGAUGCUUUUACAUCAAACUGAGAAAUGAGCCACGUUAGUUUAAUUCUGCAACAUGCUUUUCCAUGACGUACAUGCACCUUUAAAGUAGUUUCUCUCCAAUAUUUCCUGUCAUUUUAUUCAAGUAUAUAUAAUGCGUCCCCUUUUGUUUCUUAAUACACAGAGUAGCUACACAAAGAUAUUCUAUAGUACUGCUGUGUGGUCUGAGACCGAUUGCAAAGCAUGCUGGUCUGGUGUAGGAGCAAGUUGUCUCAAAGGUAUCAUGUAUAAAUUUACCAGCCCUUUGGCUAGCACAAUUUAAAAGGGACACUAUAGGCACCCAGAUCACUCGGUUUGGGUGUCAUGUCCCUGUCUGUUUAACCCUGCCAUGUAAAACAUUGCCAUUUUGUAGGAAUGGAAAUGUUUACAUUGCAAGUUAACCCCUUAACACCGUUAUGGCGUUCGAUGCCGUCCCGCAUUAAAUGGGCUUUAAAGCCGUUGCGGCGGCAUAGAAUGCCGUAACGGCUGAAGCCCUCAGGAGAUCGGAGGUAAUUACCGCCGCCGCGAUCCUCUUCUGGAGGGCUGCCUGACCGCCCAGGCAGCCCUCCCCCGGCAAAUGAGGCCCCCGGGAUUUGCUGAAUCCAAAUAUGUGCUUUUUUUGCAGUAAAAGCUAACAGUAUUAUGACAUUUACAGCUAAAAUAUGAGGCGGAACUACAAAUGUUUAAAAAAAAAAGUACAUUUCUCAGUUUUUUUUUUAUUUUAUUCAUAAUAAAUUAUGUUUCAUAUAUAAAUAUUUGAUAUAAAAUGAAAGCCCUGUUUCUCCUGAACAAAAUGAUAUAUAAUAAGUGUGGGUGUACUUAAUAUGAAAGAUGUGAAUUACGGUUGAACUGACAUAUAGCGCAAAUUCCAGUUUUUCUUUACAUUUUGUUUUGAUCAGAAAGUGUACUAUUGACUCCGUCCUGAAGGGGUUAACAUGCCAUUAGUGCAUGUCUUCCAUCCCUGUAGCCUUUGGAUUGGAGCAGUGCAGCACUUUGUCAUGUGUACUGGCCAGGCAAUGAGAUCAUUUACACUCAAAGAGGCAGAGUGCUAUCGUGGAGAUAGCAAGUAAAACUCUCCUUUCAAACCCUCAUUUGGGGGGGGGGGUCAGGAGUCAGGACAUGUAUUCCUUACACUUUAGUUUUCAUUUAAAGACUCUAUUGCAUGACUAAACAUUUGUAAAUUGUUCUACAAAAAUCAGAAAUUAAAAUAUAGUGUGCUGUCUUUUUUUUUUUUUUUUAAUAUUUUGGACAUCCAAGAUAUGAUUACAUUUUAAGCAAAACUUUGGCUCAAAAACACAAGAUUGAGAAAGUCUUGUGGUUUUUGAGAUAAAAUAGACAUUGCCAGACUGGGAGAUUUAAUCUUAAGUUCCAAUUCUUACAAAUUUUGGCUGAUUACGUGAUUGUCCAAAGUCCUAAACUCCAAAUGGCCAUGUGAUCAGAUUACAUCUCCUGCAGUAGACACAUAAAUAUGGUGAAUGCAUCUUAAUAGAACACUAUAGCGUUAGGAAUACAAAUGUGUACAAAUACAAACUUUUGGUCUCCAUGGGGAAACUCCACCGCCUUAGCUGAAAACAUAAAGAUCGAUGAUUUCAACCAACCAAAUGCUUUCCCACAGGAAAGCCUUGUGAGGCCUUUGAGGUUGUAUUAUAAAUAAUAUAAUAAAACCUCAAAAGCCCUUUUCUUAAUUUUGGUAUUUCAUUUGUUUAGUAGGUAGCUCCCUUGUUUGUUAUCCUUACGUGAGAUUGCCAUAUUUAACCCCUUCAGGACCGAGGACGGUUCAGGACAGUCAUCGGCAUUUUUGCAUUGCCGACCGGUGACGGUUCUGAACCAUCCUAAUGGUCCAAUGUACUUAACCGAUCGCCGUCGUUCCCCCGGCAGCGAUUAGUGUUGCUCCCAUUGUGGGGAGACUGCCUGCAGCCCAGACAGUCUCCCCAUGGCGGAUUGGGGCCAUGUGAUCACUCAACAGAGCGAUCACGUGGUCACAAUAGGUGUCCAUGUGUAUGCCUGCUGGGGGACUGCCUGUGCUAAUAAAAAAAGUGUUAAUAAAAAAAAUAAAAAAUUAUAUGUGUGUGUGUGUGUGUAUGUAUGUAUGUGUGUGUGUGUGUGUAUGUGUAUAUAUAUAUAUAUAUAUAUAUAUAAUUAAUUAUAUAUUGUAUAUAAAUAUUAUAAAAUACAAAUAAGUAAUUUAAAUUAAAUAAAAACAUGUAAAAAUAAUUAAAAAAAUAUAUCUAUGUGAAAUUUUAUUCUAACUGUAUUAUGAUCGUAAUAUAUAUAUAUAUAUAUAUAUAUAUAUAUAUAUCUCAAAAUACACUUAGAAUGAAAUUGUGUAUAUAUAAAUAAAAAUACGAAAUAUACAUAUGUCCAUAUACAAAAUUACAUUAAUUAUAUAAAUAUACACGUAGACUUCAAAUAUAUAAAUAUGCAUAUAUAUUUAAAUUCUACGUGCGUAUUUAUGUAAUAUUUUUACAUAAUUAAGUAAUGUUAUUGAUUGCAAUUUGAGGGACCUGCCUGACAACCCAGGCCGAAAGUCCAAAGAAUUUAAUUUGCUAGCACUGUAUUUUACCCUGGACCCUGUAACUUUCUAUGACACCCUAAAACCUGUACAUGGGGGGUACUGUUUUACUCGGGAGACUUCGCUAAACACAAAUAUUAGUGAUUCAAAACAGUAAAACAUAUCACAGUGAUGAUAUUGUCAGUGAAAGUGACUUUUUCUUGCAUUUUUCACACACACACAGCACUUUUACUGAUGAUAUAAUUGUUGUGAUACGUUUUCCUGUUUUGAAACACUAAUAUUUGUGUUCAGCAAAGUCUCCCAAGUAUAACAGUAGCCCAAUGUACAGGUUUUAUAGCAUUUUUGAAAGUUACAGGGUCAAAUAUAUGGGUCAAAUAUUUUUACAUUGAAAAAGGCCAGGUUGGUUACGUUGCCUUUGAGAGAGUAUGGUAGCCCAGGCAUGAGAAUUACCGCCAUGACGGCAUACCAUUUGCAAAAGAAGACAACCCAAAGUAUUGCAAAUGGGGUAUGUCCAGUCUUUUUUAGUAGCCACUUAGUCACAAACACUGGCCAAAAUUAGCGUUCUAUUUAGUUUUUUACUUUUUUCACACACAAACAAAAAUGAAUGCUAACUUUGGCCAGUGUUUUUGACUAAGCGGCUACUAACAAAGACUGGACAUACCCCAUAUUGAAUACCCUGGGUUGUUUACUUUUAAAAAAAUAUGUACAUGUGGGGUGUUAUUCAGAGAUUUAUGAUAGAUAAGUGUUACUAGUGUCACUAUUGAUAAAUUUAAAAAAUGUAUGUUUUGAAACCACAAUAUCCUACUUGUACCUAUAGCCCUAUAACUUGCAAAAAAAAGCCCAUAAACACUGGGUAUUUUUAAACUCAGGACAAAAUUUAGAAUCUAUUUAGCAGUUUUUUUCAUUCGCUUUUGUAGAUGAGUAAAAUAUUUUUCAAGUAAAAGUCGAAAAACAUGUUUUUUUCAAUUUUUCAUCAUUUUUUAUUUUUUUUAAAUUAAAUUACACGAGAUUAUAUAAAUAAUGGUAUGUAAAGAAAGCCCCUUUUGUCCUGGAAAAAAAAAAUAUAAUUUGUACGGGAACAGUAAAUGAGAGAGGAAAAUUACAGCUAAACACAAACACCACAAACACAAUCGAAAACACACAAUCACAUACAUAAUUAUUGAAAUACACACACAAAAAUCACAAUUCAUAAACCCACAUUUUGUAAUUAAGAGGUCCACCCAGCCUCCCUACUUUGCUCUUGGAGCGCUGGAGUGAAUCCUGUCCCUGGUGGCCAGUGGUUUCUGAUAUCAGCAGAUGGGUUUAUUCGUUAAAACUGUAGAUAGGUCUGCGACGGCCGUCUACAGACCGUUUUCAGUAUUACAAUGAGAUCCAUGAAGCGUUGAAACUCAGGCUUGAUGAUUACACUCUGAUAGGUAUUGGGCAACUGGCAUAACCCAGCCCCAUUCACAAUCGUCAUGGGGCUAACAAUAGGAACGACUUUGGUGAGUGCUAGGUGGAUGCUGCCUCUCUAAGGCCAACUCCCAAAGGACCUUACAUAAAGUAAAAGCAAUAAAAGUGCUAAUCCAGGGUACAUGCUGGACUUUUUCCAUGAGCACAUGCCAAUUACCGAUUUUGAUAUUACAUGACAAAAAGUCAUGAUUUUAUUAAAGACAACCAGGAGUCCAACCAGGUAACAAUCCAAUGAAUUGGGACAAAUCCAUCACAGGAAACAAGAAAUCGCCAACUUAGAUGAUUCCAUUAUACGAUAAUCAGUUGGAGUCCAUCAAACCAGUCCGAAUUAGGCUGUGAAAACAUAGACAGGAGCCACAUGGUUAUUUCAGUCCUUGCAACUUUUAUCAGACAAUCAGGAGACCUAAGAACAAUACAAAAUGUAUACUGACCAAAAAGGCUAUAGCAAUAAUAUCCCCACUAACCUUAAUAUAAACCUUAUCCAAACAUAAACUUACCAGGAAGGGAAUAUGUAAACCAAGACAGAAGUGUAUCUAGGGUGGGACAAUACUUACCUCCGUAUCAUUAAUAAAAUCAUGACUUUUCGUCAUGUAAUGGCAAAAUCAUGUAAUUUUAUAACAAGACAGAGGCUCAUACUGCAAGUUCAAAGCUGACUAACAACCGUAGAAAAAACGAGUCACCGGUCAAAAAUAAAAUUCACGGAAAGUAGAUUUCUAAGACCAGUACGCGGUCCUCAUCAGAUCCUCCAACUGUGCUCCUGAGGUCCUCAUCGACGAGGCCGAAGCACCCCGGACAGAAUGGACUCCAAACACCGAAGUGUCGACACAUGCCUGUUGCAACACCCAACCUCAACCAAUGAGCCAUGGUAGUACUAGUCACCGGGGAAAAAGGAAGUCGAAGGGAUAGAAAAAGAUGGCGACCGAUGCGGCUCAGUGCGAAUCUCAUAUUCCUGUAAACAAGCCACCAGACGCAAUGCUGGAGCUGAAGGCAAGGUUGCAUAAGAAACCAAUCGAAUCAAAGUCUUUGUGCGUCUGGAUAUAUUAAGUCACCCAGUUGGGAGUGAAGAAGCGAGCAUCGAAAUCCAAGGCACUAACAUCCGAAACCCUCUUACAGGAUACCAGGCAAAGCAGUGUCACCAAUUUUGCCAAUAAUUGGCGCAAGGAAAGGUCUGCAUUAGAGGGCCAUGAGACAAACAAUGAUAGCACUAUGGAGACAUCCCACAUAGAAGAGCAUCGCAGUCAAGGUAGGCGAGAUACGCAGGAGUUACGAAGAAGCCGGUAUACUAAGGAAUGUUGUCCUACCGGACAACCCUCGAAACCCUGAUGGGCUGAAGAAAUGGCUGACUUGCCUACAUUUAUUGUUCGGUAGGCCCAUCCAGCUUCAAAUAGAGACGUGAGCAAUUGGAGAAUUGCCAUUACAGGCGCUGAAAGGGGAUCCAGGCACCAGCCAGCCCAAGAUCUCUAUCAUGACCCAUAUGAUCUUUGAGUUCCAGGAGCCCAUGCAUCCACCAAGAGGCGCCGAGUUGUGCCCGAAACUCCUGAGAUCUGUCAGGGUCCCCUGAAUUCCGGCAAGCCCUCAACAGGAGGGAUCCUUCCAGUAGGAGAGGAUGGUGAUGUCCUGCUGGGUUCUGAAGUAGGUCCGGACGUAUCGCGAUAACCUGGGGACAUUUAUUGCCAACUCCAGCAGUUGAGGGAACUGCGACGGAGUCCCCCAGAAUAGGAUUAAGAGAUCCAACUCCGCCACUUUGUGGUGAACCUGAAGCAGUGUCCUGGGAAGCAAAUGAAUGAAAAAUGGAAAGCGUAGAUAAGAGGUCAAUGGCAAUCCUGCAGGAAAGCAUCCACCACCUCUGCGGCUGGGUCUAGAUGCCAGCUGAAGAAACUGGGUAGCUGGGUGUUGAUGCAAAUAGGUCUAUGAUAAAGGGAUCCCAAAGGGACAAAAUAGUGCAGAACACCUCUACAUCCAAUCUCCAAUCGUGCUGUCCGAGAGAUAAUGUGAGUUCCAAUCCGCCUGAACAUUGUGCAGGCCCAGUAGGUAUUCUGCCUGGACCACCAGAUUCCGUGCUAGACAAAACUUCCAGAAGUCCAUUGCCAAGCGAGCCAACAGUGCCGACUGGGUGCCGCCCGUGUGGUUGACAUAUCAAACUGCUGAUAUGUUGUCUACGCGUAGGCGAAUGCAGACAUUGUCCCCUUCGCAAAACUCUGAAUCGCAAAGGAUCCCGCUAGAAGCUCCAGAGCAUUGAUGUGCAUUCUGGAUUCUCUCUCCGACUAGCGCCCUUCUGUGGACACCCCUUCCCAUUGGUUGCCCCAGCCAUGGAGGCUUGCAUCUGUGUCUAUGGUGAACGCCUGCUGAGAUCCGAAUAUGGCCCUACCGUUUUAUGCACUUAGAUUGUGAAUCCACCAAGGCAAUUCGUCUUUCGUUUCCCUGUCUAGUGAUAUCAGGUCCACAUAUGGUGCUCCCUAGCGAAGAUGUGCAAUCUUCAACCGCUGGAAAGCUCAAUAGUGAAGAGGAGCUGGGAACACUGCCUGGAUCGACUAUGCCAACAGUCCAAUCAAUUUUGCCAAGUGACGCAGGGUGAGAUGCGGUCGGGUAAGUGCCCUGCGAAGCUCCUUGUAGAUUGUCUGAACUUUUCACACAGGCAGGCUCAAUGAGUCCUACUCAGAGUUCACAAGGAAGCCCAAGAAUUCCAUGCGUCUGGAUGGUGUCGAACAAGAAUUCUCCCAAUUGAUGAGAAAAGCCGGUCAGGUCAGCAGAUCCACCGUCCAUCGCAGAUCAGAAUAUCGUACAGAUAAACGAACACCCAGACUGCAGAGCCAGGACAUAGCUGGACAUAGCAGCCUGGGGAAGCACCAAGGCGCCGAAGAGAGACCAGGGACAAGGCCGAGGACAUAGUGCCCAUCGCGACCAUAAUGGCGUCAGUCACAGACCUCUGGAGCGCCAAUAAAUGAGCGUCCUUCCUGCAGGGAUCGGGGUCCCCUGCCGAGGGGUGGGGGGAAGCCAGCCGUAGAUGGGGCCUCAACCAACAGUAGAGGGGUGUCCAAGUCUCCAGGGAUAGAUGGUCAUACAGGGACCUUUGGCUUAGGCAUGUCUAAACUGAUCUAAGACCCACAAAAUAUACUGAUACAGAAAAGUUAAUGCAAUAGGAAUGCUGUCAGGGGAAAAUGAAGGAAACCGUGAGGGUUAGUCACCCAAACUAGCACGACAGAAAGGAGCUCACCAGGGCCCAGACCAGCAGCAAGAGACACCAGGCAGCAGGAGGAGGAUAGAAACAUAGAAACAUAGAAUGUGACGGCAGAUAAGAACCAUUCGGCCCAUCUAGUCUGCCCAAUUUUCUAAAUACUUUCAUUAGUCCCUAGUCUUAUCUUAUAGUUAGGAUAGCCUUAUGCCUAUCCCACGCAUGCUUAAACUCCUUUACUGUGUUAACCUCUACCACUUCAGCUGGAAGGCUAUUCCAUGCAUCCACUACCCUCUCAGUAAAGUAAUACUUCCUGAUAUUAUUUUUAAACCUUUGUCCCUCUAAUUUAAGACUAUGUCCUCUUGUUGUGGUAGUUUUUCUUCUUUUAAAUAUAGUCUCCUCCUUUACUGUGUUGAUUCCCUUUAUAUAUUUAAAUGUUUCUAUCAUAUCCCCCCUGUCUCGUCUUUCCUCCAAGCUAUACAUGUUAAGAUCCUUUAACCUUUCCUGGUAAGUUUUAUCCCGCAAUCCAUGAACCAGUUUAGUAGCCCUUCUCUGAACCCUCUCUAAGGUAUCAAUAUCCUUCUGAAGAUACGGUCUCCAGUACUGUGUACAAUACUCCAAGUGAGGUCUCACCAGUGUUCUGUACAAUGGCAUGAGCACUUCCCUCUUUCUACUGCUAAUACCUGUCCCUAUACAACCAAGCAUUCUGCUAGCAUUUCCUGCUGCUCUAUUACAUUGUCUGCCUACCUUUAAGUCAUCAGAAAUAGUCACCCCUAAAUCCCUUUCCUCAUAUGUUGAGGUUAGGACUCUAUCAAAUAUUCUGUACUCUGCACUUGGGUUUUUACGUCCAAGAUGCAUUAUCUUGCACUUAUCCACAUACAAGCGGAAACCGGAAUGAAAAAGCUGUGAAAAUCACCAGAUCGCGGUGAAAAACCCGCAAUUACGCAAGGAGAAAAAACUCCCAAAUGGAGAAAAUUUGUAUCGCGACCAAGGUGCGUUUGCGAGCCGCACGCAUCGGAGACAACCCGCAUAAGCGUUAGCGAACGAUUGAUCGGAUAUGAAAGAACCAGCAAAUGAACAACAUUCGUGGCCCAAAUCACGAGUAAAACAGGCGAACGGGUGUUCGAUUGCGAACUCCUGAACGUCUGAUACCACAAUGACACAAAGAGUGCCGAACGGGGGCACAAAACACAACAAAAAAGGAUGCCGAAAAGGCCACAGGGCCAGGUACAGUGGGCUAGACCCAAGCACCCCUGCAAGUAAAGUCAGAGAAAAAUACAGACCAGGAAGCAGAAAGGAAAAAAAAGGUGGGGGGGAUCCCCAAGUGAGAAGAGGAACAAAACCCCAGCUGGUUUGGGACCCUGAGCACAGAACCAAGUAAAUACACAAUAAAACAGGUACACAAACAGUCCUUACAAAGUAAACCCAAGGGCUAAUUUAAAGUAAAUUCCCCAGACAUAUAAUCACAAGUACACAAAAAACAGUACAACCAAAGCCUCAAGAGACAAAAUAAAUGGUACUUAACUGACUGUGGAGCAGCACAAAAAGAGGAAAUGUGUAGGGAGCUACUGACUAUUAUACUGGGACUUGGUAUGGGAGUAGCUUAUCACUAUGUAUGCCAUUUUUCUUACUGUUUUGUAUUCUUUGUUGCUAUUGAUGGACAGUAAAGAAAGGGAUAUGCAAUAUGAGCCUCCGUGUCUUGUUAUAAAAUCCUAUAUGCAAGAUUGCUCAGCCACGGUAUUCUAAAUUUAAUUUGAAGGGCUGUAUUCAGCACUUAAUUUGAGUGCUGCAUACAGACCAUUGAUCAGUCUGGAGCUACAGCUGAAAGAAGGGAGACCCAAGUGUGGACUGAUAUCUGGGUCUCCCUGGUGUGAGCAUGGAUUAAACUCUGCUCACAAAAUAUUCUAGCAAUAGGCAUUUACUCAUCUGAUCUGCUAAAACAUUAAAACCACUGACAUGUGAAGUGAAUAACAUUGGUAAUAUCAUUACAGUGGCUCCUGUCAAGGGGUGGGAUACAUGUGCUGGAAGGAAAAAUGGGCAAGUGAAAAGAUCUGAGUGACUUUGACAAGUCAAAUAGUGAUGGGUAGAUGACUGGGUCAGAGCAUCUCCAAAAUGGCAAGUCUUGUGGGAUGUCCCUGGUAUACAGGGGUUAGUACCUAUCAAAAGUGGUGCAAGGAAUGACAACUGGAGAGCCUGUGUCAGGAUCAUAGGUACCCAAGUCUCGUUGAUGUACGUGGGUAGCGAAGGCUAGCCCAUUUGGUCUGAUCACACAAAAGAGCUAGUGUAACACAUUAGUCUUUUUAUGUUGAGCAGGGUCCUCAACUCCCUAUUGUUCCGGUUACAUUUUGUUCUUGUCUCAUUUGGUAAAGUUUCCCCUCUUAUUGUAAAGCGCUGCAGAAUAAGUUGGCAUUAUAUAACUACCAAUAAUUAUGUUUUACUAUUUUAUUGUUUUCAUAGUAAUAAAGUUCCCUCCUUUUAUCCUUCCUUCAGGAUGCAUUCUCAUCUGUGAACACUUUUUUCAAGUUAUAUCCAUAAUGGGAAUAUUAUCCAGUAAAGCACUAAGGAUUGAGCAAUACUUAGAGAUUGUUAAAACUAUUUAUAUAUAUAUAUAUAUAUGUGUGUGAUUUUUGUCUAUGUAGAGCACUACAUUUUUUUGUCCUGUUUUCACAUGAUACCACGGACUACGCUUGAGUGAAAAAAGCGAAUAGGGAUUGUACCACUGUUUGUUGAUUUACUGGAGCUACUCAAGGCUCUACUACAUGUGAGUGCAUAGAUUAUACACUUACAUUAUUAUCCCAAACUGCCUUAUGUACUACACUAUAAGCUGUUCCUAUAUUCUGCUCUGUGUUCUGUCUUGGUGAGUGCAAGUAGAGUACUAUAUAGUGGAAAUAGAGUACAAGAAGAUAUCUCAUAUAUCCACAGGCACAAUAACUAACAUCUGGUAUGAAGCUCCACCUAAUGUAAAUGGCACUUCAUACUUGUAUAUGAUCUGACAUAUAGAUGUACUCCAACAUCAAAAUUUAAACGUUACAUAUAUAUGUAUAUAUAUUCUUUUUGUUUGUUUGUGUCUAGACAUUGCAUAUGAGCCUGGUGACAGGACUGUGUGGAAUCAAGAGAUGGUCUUUCUGCAUUACAUGUGCCUUCUCUCUCUGUGAACAAACAUGUCUCUCUUUUUAUUAAUGGAAACCUACAUUAUGCUGCCAAUAAUAACCUCAUCAGUAAUGACUAUUUAGUAGUGUAUAUGGCAUGUUCUGGCAGAUUCAAUGUUUUUUCUGCUGUUACAGGACUUUAUUUGUAGUGUAAAAAAAGUUAUUGUGCUCUCUCACUGUCUAUUGUGUUUUGUUUUAAAAGGGGCCCCUUGUGUGGAGGGGUUAGAUGUAGUUUGUUUUUUUUUGUUUGUCUUUUUUUUCUCCACACAUUUUUUAAACUCUUUUAAUGCCUGGGGUUUUUGUUUUCUCUCUAUACAGUUGAUUUCAGGAACAUUUGAACACCAAUUUUAAAUUCUUUAAAAAAAUCAUUGGUUGUUUUCACACAUUGGUACCAGCUGUUUAAAAAAUAAAAAAGUCUCCACAUUCCGCAGUACUCCAGGGAAUUCUCUGCUACUCAUAUCAUGGGGGGGAGGAUGGACAAACAUGUAUAUGUUGCAGUCUUUACUAAUGAUCAAUAACAUUUGGCACACAGCUCUUUUGGACACUGACGAGCAUAGUAGGAAUGUAGUCCAAGACAGCCAAAGAUGAGCUGUAUUAUGCUGCACUUAAAGUGAGCUUUGCAUACCAUUCUUUAAAUAUCUUUAAAUCAUAGUGCAUCAAUGUGCACUAAUUUGCAUAUUCAGUGACACCAUAAGUAGUAAUAUUCAGGGAUGUUUCUUGAAAUCUGAUAAUCCGUCAAAUGGUGUGUGUGGCAAACCUAGCCACUUCAGUUUAUGUUAUUAUAUGUCUACAGGUUGUCCUAGAAAAGCUGGUUCAAUUCUGUUAGUUUAUGUAUUUGUCUCUAUCUGUAAUAAAGAACAUUUGUAUGCUAACGGCUGAAAGCCUCUUGCAUUUAUAUGGUAGUUUCACGAACAGUGACUUUCCACACUGUUCGUGAAACGAAUAAAGUACCGAAUGGGAGCCCACACACAGAGGGUCGUGUGGCUCCCAUUAACAGAUUGCAACAUUGUAGCAAUUGGCUGCUAUUUGAUUUCCCGGAUGGCCGUCGUUCGGCUACCGACCACGAGGCGGCGGCCAUCCGGAUUCUCCUUUUGCCCAGCGGUGUUUGGUCAUCGAGUGCCUGGAACUAAAAUCGGAUACUCGAUGGCGCGAACACCGCUGGACUUCCAGGCCGUUCGGGAGCGCCGGUCUUUCGGUACUUUUCCUCAAUUAUGUAUUCAGGACUUUUUUGAUGAAUGUAUAUUAAAGUGUGUUUCGUGCGGCAUUUGGUUAUUUAUGCUGGGAUCUGAGCGGUACUUUCACAAAGUGUGCGCUCAGACCCCAGCUAUCUGCUGAAUGGUCAUUCGGUACAAUAGCACGAAUAAAAUAUAAGUUACUGAUUUUUGUGUGAAAAGCUGGUUCUGCUGUACGGGGGGAUAGUCCACUUAACAGGAUAUCCUUGUGGGAGUAUCCCUCUCGUACAGCAGUGCAUGGUGGGAGAAAUGUCCUGCAUAUUCAGUUCCCCAUGUAGUCCUCUACUGUAUAACCCCUGUAAAGUGAUUAAGGAAACCCCUUGCAUGGGGAACCACAUAAAUACUGGAGCUGUGAAUAAAAUCGUCAGUUGACUCCCAGAACUGUGUUUCGUCCGGUUACUGGGGGAUUUGGGAUAUUACCUUCAUUUUCAGCGCUUUACUUGGAUUACUUUCUGUACCAGCGUAUAUAUUGGGAUUUAAUAUUGCAGCUCCGCUACAGUGUGCAUUUGUGUGUUUUGUUUUUUUUUUAGUUUUUUUUUUUUUUAGAUUUUUCUUAAUAACAGAAAUGCUUAUUUUUAAUCUACUAGCCAAGCCUUAGAUUAUUAUGAAAGUCUCAAUCUCAAUGAAGUGGUCUGGAAUAGAGGCGCUUCUACCGCCCUGACAGAGUAACACUUGGUCAUGUGACAUUUAAGCUCUUAGGAACGCUUUUAAUUCACUGCUCUUCUAUGAAAAACAUGGGAUGCUGGAACGAUGCUUGAUAGUCUCUAACAACACAUCAUUUAUGUUUUCUUUUAAAUAGUAAGUUCUAAAAAUGGAAAUCAAAAGAAUAAAGACAAUAGCUUAAGUCAGAACUUAAAAUUGUAAUUCCUACGCUACUAAACAGUCCUUCAUAUUACUCGCCACUGCCAGGCUAGAGGGUCUAUGGCACACUUUUGUUUAACUUCUGCUAACCAGAUCUGGCUUUUAAUUUGACUAUGGGUAGUGGGCGAGGGGCGAGUGGUAAUUUUUUUGCUUUGGGUUAAUUUAUGUAUUUUAUUUGCCUCUAGCUUUACCAAUAGGGGCAAGGUGGGAGAAAAUGACAAGAAUAAAUGCCGAUUAGUGAUUGAGAUAUUUGAAAGGAACAUAGUAAAAAAAAAUAGGGAAAUAAAGGAUAACUUGUGUGUUUGACACACCCGGAACAUGUGUUUCGCAGGAAUGUGUUGCCACAGUGGCCAAAAGAUAUACAUAAUACGGAAUAAGGAACAGCGUGCACAUUAAAACACCAUCUUACAUUUUAUAAGGCUACUUAAAAUCACAUAUAAACAUAUGGGGAUUCAGUUCCACCAUAUGGCCAUAUUGUGUUAAGCUCACAUCUACUUCACAGUACCCCAAUAUCGGUGGGUCCUACACUAAUUCCACUGUGCAGAUAAAAAUAUUAAAUUGUCAGCGAUAAGACAUGUUGCGGAUUGGUCUGGUGAAUCUGUUGGGUAUAUUAUUCCUAAACAGUUUGUCCUAUUGUCCAUUUUUUAUCCAUGAAGAUAUUUAUUUAUUUAGAAUGCCUGCAGCUAGAUAUAUAACUACAUAUUUUUUUUUUUUUUUAUUGUAAAGUAUAGAUCUAACAAGGUGAUAAGGCAACUGUUUUAAGCCAGCCUAACUUCAACAUGUCAAAAUAAAGUUGGAUAUCUAGGCACAAAGAUAAGAGCAAUGUGCCCUGAAGCACUUUAGACUGUCAGGUGUGCCAUCCUAAUUUCACUAUAUAUUUAUAUUUUAUGUAACAUUUAUUUUUAAAGUUUUUACUUUUAUACUUCCAGAGGUAAUCUGUUCAAUUGCAUGUUCCUAAAGAUAUAUAUAUAUAUAUAUAUAUAUUUUAUUUUUUUCAUGAGUACGUUAACCCAGUUUGUUUCUCUUUAUUUCAUAGUGGUUCGAGACUUUGGAGUACUGGAAGAUCAUACACUUGCUCAUACCCUUCAGGAGCAGGAGAGUGAGUACAAAUAGGGAAUUUCUUUUUUUUUUUUUUUUUUAGAACUAGAUGACUAUUUAUAAAUUUAUAUAGUACUAAUUCAACUUUCUACAUAAUUCAUGUUUUAAAAGGAAUAGUUUGUUGCAAAAAGUAACCACUGCUCUGAAGCUAUUAAAUAAUAGUAUAGCUUUAUAAUCUCUUACCAUUCACCAAAAAUAAAAACAAAAGACUAAAGCAAUACAUUGAAAAUGAUAAAAAAAAAAAAAAAAAUAAGACAAUGCAUAUAUUAAAAUCGACAAGCAUAAACCGAGAGGAAGAGGGAACAUAACUGUGGUGGUACUACAAUGAGAGCUGAUUUUACUGUAUAUGUUUUCAUACUUGGAAAUUCAUAUUUUAGACCAAAUAUCUCUGGAAAAUGCAUCCAGAAACAUAAACUGCAGAGGCAUUUCUUUAUACAAUAAUGCAUAUAUUUUUUGCCAACAUACUUUUAGACCAAGGCUAUAUGUAUUAAACAUGUGCAAUUCAUUUCGGUCCGAAUGUAAAUUUCGGCAAUACGGAUGCUUUUGAAUGUCUGAAUUGCCGAAUUUCCGAAGUGCUUCGGAUUUCUGAAAAGUGGCAAAACAGGAGAGGGAGGGAAAUUAAGGGAAUGAUGACCGGAAUCUAACCCUUGCAGAGUUAAGGGUAGGAUUAGGGUUAGGAAAGUGCCUAAUUCCCGAAUUUCAGAAGUGCCGAACCGAACCAAAUUUUUUGCCCAUGCACAUCCCUAAUAUGUAUAAGCAUGAAGUUAUUUAAUCUUCAUACUCUUAUGUCAAACUUCCUUUUUUUUAUAAUUACUGCAAAAAUAAUAAUUUUUUGCGGAAAUUGUAAUGGUGUACCUAUUGGAUAUUUCAUAAGAGAAUGUCAGAAUUUUUUUGAAAGCCUUGCCUCUUGAACUACGGUAAAUCUUUUCUUCAGUAUACUCAUCUGUCACAGAUUUAUUCAUGCUGCAACAGCCAUGCUAUAAAUGCAAAGGUUCUGGAUUCCAUUUAUAGCACACGGUGAGACCAUACUAGAAUGUUUAGAAACAAAUAUGUAUGUAUAUGAAAAAUGUAGCUAAAUGCAGUAUUUAUUAAAGAAAAUGUGAAAUUAGAAAGGUGAAAUUCUAAAAUUACAGCCAAAUGCAACAUUAAUGAUUUGAAAUGUUAUGAAUAAUGUGGAUUGGUUUGUGUUUAGAGGACAAGUUUUAGUAUGUUCUGUUACAGUGCAAGAAAUGUCAACACUUUUUUCUAAAACUAAAAUAAUAAAAUACCAGCAGAAAUAUGGUAGUUUGUUUCCCGGGCUCUUAAUAGCUCUAAAAAGAUUAGAAUAGAGUGUAGACUAUAAGAGGCUAUGAGUGGAGGUUUUGGAGACUGAAGAGGGUACUUCCACUCUAGUAUGUAUUGCCCUACCUGACAGACCUAACAAACAGCUUGGAAAUAUUGAGCCUCAGUGGCAAAUCUCAGUUAUAUAAAGUUAUUCGAUUUUUAAAUGAGUCUUAACUGGUCAACCUGUAGCUUUCCAUCAUCCUAUAUGUUUUCUCUUAGUUGAGCAUCAUCUAGCAACAAACAUCCAGAGAAACCGACUAGUUAAGCAUGAUUUGAAAGUAGCCAAGCAACUUCAGGAAGAGGAAGAUCUCCAAGCACAAGCCCGGCUGAAAAAUCAACAUGUUGAACUGUAAGUUGGAGAUUAUAUAUGACCGGUGCAGCUACCAAAGCUUCUUCUAAUAGUUGAUACAUCUUCCCAAUGACCACAGUGUAGUUUCGUACAAACUUAAAGACACAGCUGAUGAAGUAAUACUCCUCCGUGGCACAGCAUUUAACAAAGUAGUUUAUAUAAAUACAUGAAAUGCUUCACCCAUUGAUAAAGGGUCUUACACCCUAAAUGUUUGCUGUAUUUAUAUAUGUUUUUCAUUGAAAGCUGUAGUACUGUGGUGCACCACAUCGUUGGCUGCGCUUUAUUUCAACUUUCAGUUUGUGUGCUUUUCCCUCAGCAGCACUGAGCAGUAUAUUUAACUAUAUUGGUACUGCAGUAAGCUAUUGUUUUCUGUUUUUACUUCUAUGUAAUUAAUUUAGCAUGUUCCAGGUAAUGCAGAAAUACUGGGUAUGAGUUGUACAAGAUAUGUGCCAACAUACUCUUAAACUAGAAAUAUAAAAAAACACCUAUAUACAGCCAAGGGGGUAAAAGAUAAUAAGAGAUAUUGCCCUUUUCCACAAUAUAUUGUAGAUAAAGACUCAUCUGUGUCUUCCUUAGAUAUAACAAAACAAAUCUACAAUAAAACAAUCAGAAAUAGUGUAAUACAGUUAAACACCAUAUGUAAAGAAGUGGGUUAUUGCCGUCACAAAAGUAAAUUGCUAGCAAACAGAACAAGUGCUGCAUCAGAAAUCUUCUGUACUUCGAAUCCCAAUAUUCUCAGUAACACGCGAAAGAAUAAAAUUGCAAGCAGAGUGCAAAAUUGUAUAAUAUAAAGCCAAACCAUUUUAAUAGUAUUGCACUUACAAGUGUAAGAAGUCUAAAAGGCACACCAAAAUCAGACUUAUUCAGGUUCCACUACAAAGAUUUUCACCUCAUUGCAUAUAAGUUCGUCAGUAAAGAGAAGAAAAUCCAGUGUCCACUAAAACAAUUAUAACAAAUUGCCCUACGUGUUUUGUCCUCCGUGUGCCGACUUCCUCAGGGGAAUCCAAAUCAGUCAGUGGUGUACUCUGAAACUAGAAUGUUACACUAUUUUAUUCAGAUAGUACUAUAGGAUGGAACAUGAGUUUCAAUUCACCCAGCUCUCCAUUUAUUAUCUGAUUUUAAUGUGUCCAUUCAUUGUUCUAAGAAGAAUACUUUUCAUAGUCCAGCUAAUAUGUAGCAAUUUUACUCAUGUUUAGCGGCCCAUAGAGUUAGACUUCUAAAAUUUUCCUUUAUUCUGUUUUGGUUAACUUAAUGGAACUAAUUGUGUAAUUCUUUGAAACAGUAAGUGAAAUAUCCUCAUAACGAAACUGUAUGUAAUUUACGUAAUAACCAGAACAUUGGCUGUGAUUCUUCAUAAAGAGGACACAAUAGAAGUGUGUCUAAAUUUCAUUACCACCUACCACAAAAACCAAAGUGGUUGGGGAGUUUUAAGCAAAUGUCUUUUAUUAUCUGCAGUUUCCUUGAAAUGACAAAAAAUAUAAAAUGUAUUACACCUGCACUGACCCAAACAAUUCCUUUUUUACCAUUUUUAAAUAUUUACUUUGUUUUACAAACCACAGGAUCUAUGGAAAGUAUAUGACCAAACUUCUUUAAUCAAAAUGUCUAUGGGGAAGAAGAUUGUGUAUAUAUAAACAAAUCCCCCAGUGACAGUUUCUCUGAGCAAUGAAGUAUGAAGUAAUAAAGAAAGUUAAGGUUUCUCUAAAAGAUAUUCAAAUGGCAGUCGUAGUGUGCCAUUAUGUUCCCACAAUUUCAUUCUUAAUGGCAGACUUAAUUAAAUUGCAAUAUAACCAAAGUUUAUUGGGGCACAGACAUUUAAAUGGUGCUAAUAUCAUUGUUUUCAAUUAACUUGCUAUUUCUGUUAUAGAAUACCGCAUAUAAGGUGGAAAAGCAUUUUUCCUUUGGGAGCAGUGGUAUCUUUACUUUUCUGUCUGUGAUGGAAAUUUUGCUUUUAUUCAUGAUGUGUGUGUCUGUGGGGUGGGGGGAUAGGGUAGAGGGGCUUAUUUGUACAGUGAGUGACAUAUACUCUAAGUGCUCUUGUCACUCUAUUUUCUUUAAAUCUAAAAUAAUACAUAUUUCAUUUAAACAAAUGUUUUGUGUCAUUUUAAUCAGCAGGUUGUAAAGUGUAGUUAAUGGAAAUACAUGAAUCCUAUACCCCACCUAUACCUUGUUGCAAAUAUUUAGUAGUCUAACUAUGCAGUAACACUUUUAAGUGCCUUGGAGGCUUACAAUUUUGCACUUAAUGCAAUGGACACACUAAAAUCGGACAAUAAAUGGAGAGCUGGGUGAAUUGAAACUCAUAUUUUCCAUCCUAUAGUACUAUCUGAAUAAAAUAGUGUAACAUUCCAAGCUAAUUUUUGAGCAUUUUGAUGACAUUUGUGUUGGUCAUAUUUCUAAAAGUUGUGUGGCAAUUUACUAAAAUAAACAUGUAUAUUUGUUUUUAGAGGACAAGUUGAGAUUUCUAUUGAAAUAUAAUAUAAUAAUUCAACUCUUUUUAGUAUAAAAAUCUUAACCCCCUCCCCACCCACUUUUGCCAGUGUUCAUUGUAACACAACUGAUGCAACUAAAAAUUAUAUAAGUAAUUAAAAAGCAUGUCCUGAUUUGUGGAGUUCGUUAUUCUGAUAACAUGACUUAAGUGUUUAUACUUUUAUAAAACAAUGAGUAAUAAAUUCACUAGUUACCCCCCUCAUUUGUGUUUUUACUACCAAUUUAGGCAAAAAAGCAGUAAUAUUUUUCUCCUGCAUUUUCCUCACAUGUAUUAUAUUUGUGGAUUGUGCUGAGGAUCUGUUCCAAUGUGGGGAUUAAAGAUACAUUGUUGAGCAGUCUUAGGGUUAAAGUGCCAGUCCAAUCCUUUAGUAGUAAACAUUUAUUUUACUCCACCCUACUGGGCUUACUGCCUGGUGCUCCCCCACCAUUUAAUGGCUGAAAUGUAUACUACCAAAAUAUAGUAAACUUACCUGGAAUUAAGCUCUCUUUUGCAGUCAAGUCAAAUAAUUUGAUUGACUGGACUGUUUAACCGGCUCAAAGUGUCAGCACAUGCUCUGAGCUGGUAAGGGGAGGGGGUGAGGAUUUUUAUAAAAAAAAAAAAAAAGAUACUCAAGGAGAUAGGUAGGCGAUGAUGGCUGGGACACAUUUAGUUGAGGGAGGAGAGAUGCACACUCUUUCUUUCGCCAGCACUCACAAUGCUCUGGCAACACACAGGUGUUUUUUUAUUGCACAGACUUUUAUAUUAGGCAGCCCAGAACAGAGCUCUGUGAUAAUUAACUCCUCCGAUACAAGUGCAAAUAUCUCUUGAUGUGCAGUGUUUCAAGCAAAAAUGCUGCGCAUACAGACUUCUACCACUAUGACUACUUCUAAAAGCAUAAGUGGUUAUGGUGAUUGGAGUAAUGCUUUAAAAUAGCGCAUACCCCCCUAACAUCAGUGUCAUGAAUAGGGGUGCAAGUGUGUAUGGUAAAAGGGGGCAGUCCAUUGAUGUCAAAUUUGCCAUUGGUGCCAAGCAUAGGGGGCAGACUCACCUGGAAAAAUGGUGUGCGCAUCCCAAAAAACUGGCAAGUUGCAUACCAAUCAAACAAGGUGGACCAUGCAGGGAGCACUGUUUCAACAUUCUCUUCAGGAUCCUAUUGGCCCAUAUUGCACUUUCUGGGAAAAGUUCCCUAUUGUACUCAAAGGUUGUGUCAAAGGUUAAAUAAAACCACGUAACCAUGUAGGUUUGUUAUUUAAUAUGUCCCCCACUCUCAUACUUAACUCAGGACCAGGUGAAGCAGGGACUUUGAGGAGCUAAGGCCAAAAUAUAUCCCCCCAUGUCUGGCCAUUAUAUAUGGCUGUGGUAUAGGUUGAUUUCUAAAUUUAAUAAUAUGGGAACAUAUAGUAUCCGCUUUCAAAAUGUUCUGCCAUCCUCUGAACAGUUCUUAAAGAAUGAUUGUCUGGGCUAUUAUGAAGAGUCUGGAAUUUUAUUAUGGUUUUCAUGUUCUUAAUGUAAACAUGCCAUAUAAACUAGCUAUUGAUAUUUUUUACAUACCUUUUGUUUGCUGAAAGGACAACUAUAGUGCCAGGAAAACAUACUCGCUUUCCUGGCACUAUAGUGCCCUGAGGGUGCCCCCACCCUCAGGGUCCCCCUCCCGCCGGGCUCUAGGGUGAGGAAGGGGUUUAAUUUACUGGGCGGGGAGCUCUCCUCUCCUCCCUCUUCUUCCGUCACCGGCUGAAUGCGAAUGCGCGGCAAGAGCCGCACGCACAUUCAGCCAGUCCAUAGGAAAGCAUUCACAAUGCUUUCCUAUGGAUGCUGGCGUCUUAGCACUGUGCAAAUCACAGUGAGAAGCGCGGAAGCCCUCUAGCGGCUGUCAAUGAGACAGCCACUAGAGGCUGGAUUAACCCUAUUAUAAACAUAGCAGUUUCUCUGGUUAAACCUAGCUGGACCUGGCACCCAGACCAAUUCAUUAAGCUGAAGUGGUCUGGGUGCCUAUAGUGGUUCUUGAACUUGGAGUAAUUGAGUGUAGGCAGUUUUCCAUUUUGUGAUUUGUGUGGUCAGUCACUUUCUGUAGCUUUAAUGUUAGAUUUGAGCAGACACACAAAUUCUCUGAUUUAUGGACACUUACAUUGCUGCAAAGUGGCUGCACAAAAGGGGGAAAUGUUCUUUAAUUGUGUUUCAAAACCAUUAGUAUAUAAAAUAACUCUAUUAGAGGAUCUGGGAUCUUGGCAGAAGAGCUCAACAAAUGUGAGUUUAUAGAGAAUGCUGUAUAAUUUUAUAUUCUGAAACCUAGUAUUAAGUUUAUUUUUAAUUUUGUUCUCUCCAGUGAGCUCUUAGAUGGUGAAAUAGCUCAGGAAAUCCAAGAAAAACUGGUGAUUGAAGCAGAACGCAGACGCAGGCAGGAGGAGAAGGAUGAAGUAAGUGCUUUAAACAGACUAAAAAUGUUUAUCUGUUUUUGGUCCACCCAGAAAUUCUAACUAGUUAUUUAAGCAUGGACUAUGAUGCUUUUAAAUCACAAGACUAUAACAUUGAAGACUCCUUCUAGACAUCCACAUACAUUCUGUGCACUGUAUGAGGUGUUGUUUAAUUUGUUAGCUCUUAAAGAUAAACAGAGGCAAAACAGGUGCUGUUCUAGGUGUAAAGUGCUAAAUAUUUAAUGGGGAGGUUAUCGGAGGAAUCUCCACCUAUGGAACCAAUGACAUACCUGCUUCACCACACCCCUAGCACAGUGCAGAGCUAUAGGCACUCAGCAAUUUUAAGACUCCUGAACACGGCUAAGGUAGUAAUCCUGAUCUACUGGAGACAAAUGUAGGCAACUCCGCUGAAAAAGUGGGUGGAAGAGGUUGAGGACACCAGAAAAUUUUAAGAUUUGAAAGCCACCAUGGUCAAGGAAAGCGAAAGAUAUGUCUAGCGAAUGACUUUACAGGCUAGAGUUCCUGUUCUCUGCAGACUUUGGCAGAUUUGUGAAUGUCUAAUUUAUCUGCACCCCUCCUCUCACUUGAUGCCCUCCUCCUCCCCACUUAUGGUUUUUUUUUCUCUAGCUCCCUUUAGCGGGGGCCGGUAAGCCAGUGCCUAUUUUAACCUCUGGAUCGACGUGCUUUGCCCAGAUUGGAAUGGCUGGGGUUAGACUAUGGGUGGGGAUGAGGAAAAACAGGCGCUUUACUGGAUGACUGAUUGCUCAGUAUACACCCUGUUUCAAAUUAUUAUGUAAAUUCUAUUUGUCACAAAGAUGAAAUAUUUUGUUUUUCAGUUUAACUCAUGGAUGGUAUUGUGUCUCAUGGCUCUUUUGAUCACUGAAAACAAUCUCUGACACCUGUGAUAAUUAGCCAGGUGAGCCCAAUUUAAGGAAAAAGUACUAAGGGAGGGUGUUCCACAUUAUUAAGCAGAGCACCAUUUUCAUGCAAUAUAGGGAAGAAAAAGGAUCUCUCUGCUGCCGAAAAGAGUGAAAUGGUUCAAUGCCUUGGACGAGGUAUGAAAACAUUAGAUAUUUCACGAAAACUUAAGCAUGAUUAUCACACUAUUAAGAGAUUUGUGGCUGAUUCAGAGCACAGAUUCAUGCAGAUAAAGGCACAUUGAGAAAGAUUUCUGCUAGAUCCAUGCAUCGAAUCAAAAGAGCAGCUGCUAAAAUAUCAUUAAAUUGCAGCAAACAGAUAUUUGAAUCUGCUGGUGCCUCUGGAGUCCCACGGACAUCAAGGUGUAGAGUCCUCCAGAGUCUUGCAACUGUGCAUAAACCUUUUAUUCGGCUACCACUAACCAAUGCUCACAAACAGAAAUGGCUGCAUUGGGCAGAAAAAUACAUGAAGACUAAUUUUCAAACAGUCCUGUUCACUGAUGAGUGCCGUGCAACCCUGGAUGGUCCAGAUGGUUGGUGGACAGCCACCCUGUUCCAACAAGGCUGCGACGUCAGCAAGGUGGUGGUGGAGUCAUGUUUUGGGCAGGAAUUAUGGGAAGAAAGCUGGUCGGCCCCUUUAGGGUCCCCGAAGGUGUAAAGAUGACCUCUGCAAAGUAUGUGGAGUUUCUGACUGACCACUUUCUUCCCUGGUACAGAAGGAAGAACUAUGCUUUCCGUAAUAAAAUCAUCCUCAUGCAUGACAAUGCACCAUCUCACACUGCAAAGAAUACCUCUGCAUCAAUGGCUACUAUGGGGAUAAAAGGAGAGAAAGUCAUGGUGUGGCCUCCAUCCUCCCCUGACCUAAAUCCUAUUGAGAACCUUUGGAGCAUCCUCAAGCAAAAGAUCUAUGAGGGUGGGAGGCAGUUUACAUCCAAACAGCAGCUUUGGGAGGCUAUUCUGGCAUCUUGCAAACAAAUUCAAGCAGAAACUGUCCAAAAACGCACAAGUUCAAUGGAUGCAAGACUUGUGAAGCUGCUAUCAAAUAAGGGGUCCUAUGUUAAAAUGUAACGUGACCUGUUAAAAUGUUUAAAAAGUUAAAAUGUUGUUAUAAGUUUGAUUGAAAUAGCUUUUGAUUUCAGUAAAUAUGCUGCAAACACAACAAAUGACAAUUUUCAGUUCUUUACAACCUAUUAAGUGUUUUGAAACUUACUGUGCACAAUAAUUUGGAACAGUGCAUUGUAAGUUUUUUUUAUGUUUUAAAAAAAAAUACUGUUAUCAUUAGGAGGUUUGUUCAAUAACAUUCUAAUUGUACUCCUAAUAGUAAAUAACAUGAGAAUUAUGCUGACUGUUAUUUACAUCAAGUAUUUAGGUAAAUGAGAAAAAUCUAAUUUGCAUAAUAAACUGGAACAGGUUCUCAGCUGACAGAUCAGAAAGGUGUUUGAUAUUCCAGAUACGGCGGAAAGAUUACAAGCUAAUAUGUACUAAUUACCUAUAUUUUGUGGAUUACUUUCCAUGUCACUUUUCCUCUGCAUAGGAAAUUCAGUUUUAUAUACACUGGCUGUAUCAAUAAAGACCAAUUUCACACAAAAUGCUAAAUAUUGACACAUUGUAUAGGAUUCUGUGGUGGUUAUUACUUUCUGUUUUGGGCAAAAAAAAAUAUUUAAAAAAAUAAAUCCAUUUUUUUCCUUGAUAAAUAUAAUUUAAAAAAAGUAUUUAAACAGGAAAGGUACAUUUAGAUUAAUCUGGUUACAAAAUUAUUCCUGGGGAUGUUACUUUUACCCAAUGUAAUGGUAAUCAUUUGAUCUACCUCUGAAGGGUUAAACAGAUUCUAUUGAUGAUGCAUUAGGCCACUGAGCUAUCUCACUGACCUAUAUAUUCAGUGUAUAAAUCUACCCCUAUGUAUCCAAUAUAAAAAAAGAAGACCUUAACUGACCCCUAAAAUAAAUCUGCAUAAUUAAAACAAUUUUAACUGGCAGUUUUAGCUAUAUUAUUAUUGUUGUUGUUAUUAUUUACAUAGCAGCAGCAAAUUCCGUAGUGCAUUAAUUUAAAUGUUUGUGUGAGCUCUCUCUCUCUCCCAGGGUUAUUCACUAAAGUGAGAAUGCAAAGUAAAUUCAAAGGGGAUUUUAAGUUUAAGGCUACAGUAGCCAAACUGAAAGCAAAGCUAACUUUGAUAAUUUUUCUAGUUGGUCUUUUUUGACCUUACAUUUGAAAUUUUGUUUUAAAUUUCAUGAUCAACCCUGCAUGAAAGUACUUGUAAAGUCAAUGCACUAAUGAUAGGUUGAUCAGUUUGGUAAAUAAAACUCCAUAAUGUGAAUAUCGGUAGAAGAAGCCUCUGUGACAUCUACAUACAUUAAUUAUUCGAUACAGGAACCUGCAGAGUUUCCAACUGUUAUAGUCUUUGAUAAGUCUUUUCACAGGUUAUUAUUGUUUUUGGUAUCUACAUAGCGCCAACUUAUUCCACAGCUCUUUACAAUAUUAUGAAAGUGUGGAAAUUUAACAGUAAAUGAGACCAUUACAAAAUGAUACAUGAACCAUAGGUAGAAGAGGGACCCUACUCAAAUGAGCUUACAGUCUAGAGAAGGUUGUUAGCCACAUCCAAACAGUAGCUUCCAACUGCUGAAUAAGUUGAUAGUAGCCAAUCUGACAAAUUGCCAAAGCAAUACAUAUCCCAUAAUCUGUUGGUGGACAGGAUUUUAAGGAAAAAGUUCAGAACCCACAGACCAUAUGAGUAUAUCUGGGUUGGCAAAAUAGAUUAACUUGUAUUACCUCAAUUAUUCAUCAGUGUUUUACAAUUAGUUGUGAUUUCAGAACAAGCCGAAAUUGACCUCAAAGUAAUCUUGACAUAAGAAGAUCUCUAGCAGUUCUGUUUUUAGCUCACCUUAAUUCACUAUUUAAUGCAGUGGUUCCCAAACUAUUUAGGUUCAAGGCGCUCAAUAUUUUAAUAUUUUUCCAAGGCACCCCAAGUCAUAAUUUCUAGGUUGUAUAUCUGUACAGCGCUGCAGCAUUUACUGGCUCUAUAGUGUAAUGUACAGUGUUGGUGUUUUAAGUGGUACCUGUAUAUAGUUUUAGUGUUUUAUUUUUUUUUGUUAAUCAGAUUUUUAUUAGCAAUUGGGUAUGAUAGAUUUUAGGGCUCGCAGGCCCACAUCAGUCAAACAGUGAAGGUAGCAAUCUUGAAGUAUAACAUAUACAUGUACAUAUGCAGGGAUGUUCCCUGUUCCAAUAUACAACCAAUGAUAGGGUACAAUUAUGUUUAUUUUCUAAAGCGUGAAUUGCAAAAUAUUAUCGUCACAGUAUAUCCUGGAGUUAGGGGCUUCCAGAUAAAGCUAGAGCUACAUGGGUAUGGUAGCGUUCAUAUGUACUCUAAGGAUGCGGUUCCUUGAUUGGAAUUAAUCCAGAGUAGUUGUCGAUGAAUGUAUGUUGUGUGUUUCGGUGUGAAGGAUAGUAUCCUAACUAGUGGUCAUGUGUAGGAGUGUGUGGUGUCUGUCUGAUACGAGAUCCACAAUGCAGGGAUAUGGAGAGUGGUGAGAAGAGAUCCGUACGUACCCAGGGCUUAGUGUAGUCAGUUUACCCCCUUUUAAUCCAUCUACAACCGAAGGUGACCCCGUCCAUAUGGCAAUCGAGUUGUUUCUAUUGAAAUGGGCUUGUUUGGUCGGUUGUGCGAGGUUUGCGUCCUUUUCCCGUGGGUUAGAACCCAUCCGAGUUGGGUGCGGUAGCUAUUAACCUAGUUGAGGUUCUUGUUAUUUAUCAUGUUGUCGUAUUGCAGUAUGUCAAAGUGA